UGCACAAGUGACCAAUCACAAACACUAGUGGUCCGUUGUAAUGGCCUACAACAAUAAACAACAUAAAUUAACACCAAAUAUGUUGUUAUUGGACUUUUUCUUCAUUUUAAUUUGUAUUUCGUCAGUAUCAUCAGCAAUUUUUUCAUUUAACAAGAAAUUUUCUCAUGUUAAAAACCUGAUGUCAUCAGAAAUAGUCAACAGCGACAACAACGUAUUUAACUUUAACAAACAAAAAAUUGCCGCAACGGUAACAGAUGAAACGAGUAAAUUAGAAGUAGGAGUGCUUUCUGAAUUUAUUCAUCGAACCAAAAGGGAAACCGCUGCAAAUACGCCUGAAAUUUUAAAAAAUCGUGUAUUACUAAAUGGGACUGAAAAAUCAACCCAUGCUUAUGUUCACUGGAUCGGCAAAGACACUAGUGAGGUAGGCUUUACUUUUGGAUUUGGCCCUAGCAGCCUGCCCACAGGCAGCAGGUCAUCUUAUCUAAAUGUUCAACUUUAAAACAAAAACAAAUUUCUAUUUAGUUAUCUUAAUAUCAACACACCCCUGAUCAACUUCCUCUUUGGCCAAUUAUUUUCUUUUAUAAUUUAUGAAUAUUUUGUCCAUAACUGGUCACACUCACACAUUCUAACACUAACAUGUUUACUACCUUCCUGCCUAGGCUAAGCCUCAGGUUAAAGCCAAAGCACAACUUUCAAAUCAAAAUAGUUUGUUACAGUACAAUUUUUUGCAAAAUUGUGCCUUUAUUAGUAAAAAAAAUUUGCAAUUUUGUCAAGAAUUUGUACUUUAUACCAGCGCUCCACAACUUUUUACAAAAUAAUUUUAAUAGAGAAACAAAUAAUAUUUAAGUUCCUGUACUGUAUACAAAGUACACUCAUUGGAGACACAAAUAAUAUCUUAAGUUCCUAUACAUUCUACGUAAAGGGAAGGUUAAAAUUGUGACUGAAGCAACUAUCACUCUCUCAAAUAUUAAAAUAAAUUAACUAUCUUUUUAAAGCAUAACUGCACUGUGAACACUGUAACAUCUCAUCUCCUCUCCUCUAUCUUGAACUUGAGUGUCUGAAGUCCUCUUGGUAUCUUUUCAUUUAUCUCAAUGCUCUAUAAAAUUAAACUAUCCUUUCAAUAUUCAUGUUUAAAAAUUCUCUAUCCAAUAUCGUAAAGUUCACUGCCCCCUAAAAUCAUUCUAAAUUGCCCUCUUUGAUCACACUAUUUAUAUUUUGUACCGGGCUUCGAGCCUUUGGGGAUGAAGCGUGUUUUAGAAAUAAACUUUAUUAUUAUUAUUAUUAUUAUUAUAUUACACCAUGUUUAUUAUUAGUGAGUCUCUAAUCCAAUCAGCAUUCAGACAUCUGAUUAACAUCAAACUGACAAACCAAUCAGCAUUCAGACAUCUCAAUGACACCAAGCUUAAAACCAAUCAGUAUUCAGACAUCUGAAUGACACCAAACUCACAAACCAAUCAGCUUUCAGACAUCUCAAUGGCACCAAGCUCAUAAACCAAUCGGUAUUCAGACAUCUAAAUGACACCAAGGUCAUAAACCAAUCAGCAUUCAGACAUCUGAAAGACACCAAGCUCACAACUCAAGAACCAAAAAAAUAUUCAAACAAAAUGUGAUUCUCACACCUUGCCAGUGAGUAUCUGGACUUAAGGAGGGGUGGAGAGUGUUUAGGUAGGAGUAGAGGUGUACUGAUGGUGAGACAAGACACUGCAAGUGUUGUGUGCACCACUUGAAAAGGGAUGUGGGGGGGGAGGGGGGGACACAAAAUCAGCAAGCCAGAUAAAGUAUUUUUAUUCUUUAAAAAAUAUUUUUGCUUGAAAGUUAGUUUGCCUGUGUUGAAUAUGCUUAAAUGAUACACACUAAUCUGCAUACGCUGCUAUCCUUGUGCACCAUAUUCUAGGACUAAAUCUAAAUAAUAUAAACAAAGCUUUCUCAAGCUUGUUAGUGGUUGCCAUGAUUGCCAUAUGUCAUAACCCCCUGGAUAGGAGAUGGGUUAAAGUUUAUGUUUAGGUUAGAGUACCUGUUCUUUAUUAAUGCGUCCUGUAAUUUUACUGUAAAAUGAAUGGUUAAAAGAUUUAGUGGUUUUAACAUGUUUAUUAUAAUUAAAUUCUAUGUGUUUACACAAACAAUAUUUUUUAAACUGAAGGUGAAACAUUGCGAAUACAAUGAAUUGUGAACUCGUUUUAAAGCCAUGUGCACUGUAAGACUUGGCUCAUUGACUGUACAAUGUGAUCUUGUUGUUAACCACAAAAAUGUUCUGUUUUGUCAGAGGUAAAGUUGAAAACUCGCUGAUUGAGUUGACAGUAGCAAUAAACAAGCCAGAGUUUUUGGCUUUGCAAAGGUGUCUCUGCGCGACUCAGAAGCACUUGGAUUACGAUUUUCAAAGAAGUCACAUGAGCAAAUUUAUGGCUGGUCUGUAAUCGGUAAUUGUGUGAUAAUGCUGAUCUAUAGAAUGGCUGGAUUAAACACUUCACCUAUAACAUUUAAAUAUAUGAAUAAAUCUAAUAAAUUUUUUAUAUUGUUUUUUUUUGUAAUGUAAUUCUAGAAUACAGAAAUCAUUACUAUACCAAAAAUUUAAUUUAAUUUGCUUCCACCUACUGUAACUAGUACUAGGCCUACAAUAUAAUAAAAUAGUUAUAAUAGGUUUAUUGUAUAUAGCCAUUUAUAAUCAUGAAAAUGAUGAAUGUCAAUGAAUGAAUUAAUUGAAUAAGCCUAGUGUAACGGACUAGGUUUUCACAAGAAAACAGAGAGGUAGCGUGAGUGAACAGUGAAUUGUGUUGACCAGGUUUUUCCACGGGGAGAGACAAUCUAUGUGGAUUGUAUUUUUGAGAACAAAUGUGAGCUCCACGUUUUUGGAGAGUAAAAUUAUGUUUUUGUCAGAGCGGUUGUUUUCCACGCUUUGCUGGUAAUAAAGUAUGAGUUGACUGAGAUAGUCAGAGCUAAGCGCAGAGCAGUAGAGAACAGUAGAGCUAGGAGAGCUGUGUGAUUAGACAGUUGAGCUGAGUUAUAGUAGUGUGAGGACGUGUCUUUCUGAAUGAUGGAAUAAUACUAUAUAUAUAUGUGAAAUUACAUUCAUGCAAGGAUUAUCAUUAAUAUUAUCAGUAUAAAGUGUGUUCAAUAAAGUACUGUGAGUUUUAACCAGAAUUGAGUAUUCUUCUUUACGUGCCUGGAUAAUAAGUGAAAGAAUGAAGAAGACUUAGUCGGCAUCCUGAAGUAUUAACAUAAGUAACCAUACUACUGACAUAACCCACAGCAUAAGAAAUAAGAUCCCACGCCAUGUCAGAGUAGAUGUGUUACAAAUGGUGUCAGAAGUGGCGAACAACUAUGUGUUACAGAAGUGUGUUACAGAACAUUGAGUAAUAAAGAUAUAUUUUAAACAUUCGUGCGGAAGGAUACAUCGAAUGUCAUUUCGCCCGUGUAUCAAUCAAGUCUGAGAAGAGUCCUCUACACACAGAGCUAGCCGACAAUUUAGGUCAGUCACGGGAGUCAAAAGUUCAGAGUUCAAACAGCUAACUGGUACACUGCUUCAAUUAUAUAACACACUUAGCGGAGUGAAUAUUCUCGUGGAAGAAACAGCAAGAAAUCUAUUUUACAGUUAUUAGUCAACGAAAGAGAUGAUCCACUACACAAGACCAACAGAAGUCUGACGUCAUUACAGAUGAGAUGUUUUAUCAAGACAUCGGAAGUAAGAUUUCCCCAGCAUAAUCUUUACUUUAUAUAAGCCGCACAUAGCCUAGUGCGCAAUUCAAGUCAAAUAAUUCUUCAAGUAAUUCCGCAAUUACUCACAAGUUCAACAGAAUCGGAGAGAAAGUAGACAAUUUUCAAUUAUUGGAUUAUCACAAUUACACUAUUACGCAAGGUACUUGCAUUGGAUUAUUGCAGCAAUUUGUGGUGUAACUUUUCUCAUUGGAUUAUUUUACCCAAGUACACUUCUACAUAGAAGGAUUAUCCACUCCAUAGAAGGAUUAUCUACUACAUAGGAUUAUCGACUACACAGAAAUCAUAGCGUCACAGAGGAGCAGAGGUGACCAACUACAGAUUUCUUUUGGACACUUGGUAUUUAUGUAUAUUAUGUGUUAUGUAUUAUAUAUAAUUUAAGACUUUAAAAAUCUACUUAUAUCAUACUUAAUUAGAUUAAGUAAUUUUUUUACUUUUUCUGUAUAUUAUAAGUUUAAUUUUAAAGUAUACUUUAGGGAUAUCCACGGUGUUAUCUUUCCUAGGGAAGUUUUUUUAUUAAAACAAUAAAGGUUUCUUCUGGCCCUAUUUAUAACACUGUAGGAUAAUUUUGUGUUAGUUGUGAAGUCUAGUUUGUACAUCGUCAUAACUAUUGUUUUUUAGUAGAUCUUGUCAGAUUUGUUCUAUUUGUCUUGUCAUUGUUAUACAUAUUGUCAACCUACUGUCAUAUUUUCUACUAUCUUGUUGUCCAUAAACUGCACAGUACUUUUGUAUUUGUUGUCUCAUUUGUAUUUAUGUAAACGUCUACAUAUCUGUAUUUAUGUUGUGAAGUAGACAAUUUAAUUAUUUUUUAAAUUUUUCUUACAUUUAAUUAAUUAUUAACUUGCAUUUUGUAUUCAUUCAUGAACAUGUAAAUAUUAUGUAAUAUUGUGAACUAUUUUAAUUGAUAACUAAAGAAUAAGGAAAUAACUAAUAUACUUAUACAUACCAAUAUAUUUUUAUUUACUCAAACACAUUAUAACCAAAAAUGGCAGAGUACUUAGAACUAUUAGAAGUAGCUAAAGAAAUGGACAAAAUACGAGACAAACAGGAAAAAGACAAAGACCGACAAGACAAAGACCGAGAAGCUAGAAUGUUAGAGAGAAGCGACCUUAAACAAAUAGAAGAACUGAAAUUAAAAGAACAAGAAAUGAAAUUAAGAGAGGAAGAGCUAAAACUAGAAAGAGCUAGAAUAGAAUCAGGACAGCAUACACCAUCAACAAGCAAUAGAGAAACCAAUAGCACAUAUAAACCCAAAUUUAGAGAAUUUAAUGAACAUAAAGAGGAAAUUAUUAGUUAUUUGUCACAAUUUGAGGGCAUCUGUCAGUCUUACAAUUAUAGAGAAGAGACUUGGGCUAAUAUUUUAUUGAGCAGAUUAUCAGGGAAAAGCCUAAGCAUUAUCAAUUCACUUAGUGAAGAACAAAAGAAUAAUUAUACCUAUAUAAAGAAAGUUUUGUUAAAGUUCUAUGGAAACACAGAAGACAUUUAUAGAAAAAAUUUUCACAACAUAAGACUAGAGAGAGAAAUAGACCCCAACACCACUAUAUUUAAUAUUAGAGACAAUCUUGUCAAAUGGCUUGAACUCACUGAAAUUGACCUAAAUGAUCCCAAAGCCUUACUAGAUAUGUUUAUUAUAGACAAAAUAUUAAGAAAUGCAUCAGUCUCUUUAUUUUCUUUCCUUAAAGAGAGAAAAAUUAAAAAUGAACGUGAUUUAGUUGACUCAAUCACAACAUUUAAAGAUGCUCACCCCAAUGAAGAGCUAGAUAAUAGAAACAGCACACUAGCCUCUAUUAGAAACACACCCAGUGAUAGGGACAGUCAAAAACAAAACACAUAUCAAAACAGAAGAUACCACAGCCUACCUGCCAGAUGGCAAAACAAUAAAUUUCAGAAAAAUUAUCAAAACAAUUACCAGACACCAUAUACUAAUUACUCAAACAACAACAAAUGUUUCUACUGUGGCAUUCCAGGUCACAAAAAAUAUGAGUGUAGGAAAUUACAUAGAGAUUUAGGACAUUCACAACAAUACUAUCAGAGAACAUCACCCAACAGUAGUCCAAUUAGAUACAACAGUACAAAUAGGAGUAGACAACCAUAUAAAAAUCAAAGAUAUAAUUCCAAUCAGACUAACAGUAGACAAAACACCAAACCACAUGAAACUUUAGCUAGCGCAUGUCACAGUGAAGGAAGUUUACAAUUUUUUCCUUCUUAUGUAAACAACCAGCUUGUUCAGUGUCUAAGAUUAAAACUAGAAAGAGCUAGAAUAGAAUCAGGACAGCAUACACCAUCAACAAGCAAUAGAGAAACCAAUAGCACAUAUAAACCCAAAUUUAGAGAAUUUAAUGAACAUAAAGAGGAAAUUAUUAGUUAUUUGUCACAAUUUGAGGGCAUCUGUCAGUCUUACAAUUAUAGAGAAGAGACUUGGGCUAAUAUUUUAUUGAGCAGAUUAUCAGGGAAAAGCCUAAGCAUUAUCAAUUCACUUAGUGAAGAACAAAAGAAUAAUUAUACCUAUAUAAAGAAAGUUUUGUUAAAGUUCUAUGGAAACACAGAAGACAUUUAUAGAAAAAAUUUUCACAACAUAAGACUAGAGAGAGAAAUAGACCCCAACACCACUAUAUUUAAUAUUAGAGACAAUCUUGUCAAAUGGCUUGAACUCACUGAAAUUGACCUAAAUGAUCCCAAAGCAUUACUAGAUAUGUUUAUUAUAGACAAAAUAUUAAGAAAUGCAUCAGUCUCUUUAUUUUCAUUUCUUAAGGAGAGAAAAAUUAAAAAUGAGCGUGAUUUAGUUGACUCAAUCACAACAUUUAAAGAUGCUCACCCCAAUGAAGAGCUAGAUAAUAGAAAUAGUACACUAGCCUCCAUUAGAAACAUACCCAGUGAUAGGGACACACAAAAACAAAACACAUAUCAAAACAGAAGAUACCACAGCCUACCUGCCAGAUGGCAAAACAAUAAAUUUCAGAAAAGUUAUCAAAACAAUUACCAGACACCAUAUACUAAUUACUCAAACAACAACAAAUGUUUCUACUGUGGCAUUCCAGGUCACAAAAAAUAUGAGUGUAGGAAAUUACAUAGAGAUUUAGGACAUUCACAACAAUACUAUCAGAGAACAUCACCUAACAGUAGUCCAAUUAGAUACAACAGUACAAAUAGGAGUAGACAACAAUAUAGAAAUCAACCAAGUGAUCACCAGGGACACAACACCAAUCAAACAAAUAGUAGACACAAUCAGAAUACACCGCAUGAAACAUCAGCUAUCGUUGAUGGAACACUCAAAUUUUCACCAGCAAUUGUUAACAAUAAAGUAGUUAAAUGUCUCAGAGACACUGGUUGUACAACAAUAGUUGUAGACAGAAAAUUAGUAAAUGACAACUACUACACAAAUGAAAAAGCCAUAGUUAUUUUAACCAACAAUAAUAGAAUAGAAUGUAAGAAAGCUAGAAUCAAAGUUGAUUGUCCAUGGAUCACAGGAUCUGUAACAGCUGUUGUAAUGGAUAAUCCAGUUUGUCCAUUAAUUAUUGGCAAUAUCAAAGAACUAGGCAAUAACAAUAAGGAUCUAAUAACAGAAGGGAUAAGAGGAAGACAUUUAAACAUGAAUCCAACACAUAGCAUAACAAGACCACAUAAUAAAGGAAUUCUUAAUAAAACAUAUACAGAACAAAAAUCAGACAGGGCAAAACACAUUUUUAGACUAAAUUCAAGAAAUAUUCAUCAACACUAUAGACAGGCUGAAAAAUUCAAAAAUGAAAUAAAAUACAGAGAAAACAAGUUUAAAGAAGAACAUUACACAACUACAAAUAACAAUUUUAUGGGAAGAGAUAGACAAAGAGAUAACAGAUCACAAUUGUCAUUUUCUUCAGUGCGGAGAAAUACUUAACAUUCCAUGUUAGCUAACCUGGCAUAACACUUUCUAAUAAAACAAUUAUUAGCUGUUAAGAGCAAAAUUUUUUCAAAUAUGGUAAUUGUCAAUACAGAACUAUUGUAUAAAUUGUUUUACAUUCUUGGUCAUCAACUUUUUCAUAGACAAUGACAAUAAAAUUAAGGUUAAAUUGAGAAUGAAGAGCAUUAAAAUACACAUUCAACCAUUUUUUUGACAAUACACUUGUACAUAUCAAUUUUGUAAAUGAACAUCACAUUUUAACCAAUUGUAAAUUUUCUAAUGCAAGAUUUAAGAUUGAUUACAUUCAUUUUGCAGUGUUUAUUCAUCACCAAUAUGUCUAUGUCACUUCACAUUAUCAUACAUAAGAAUUUUAAGAGGUUGUCAUUAAUGAUUUUGUAAAUUUUUUGCCAAAAUAAUUUCACUAUUAUGUGUGAUAUUAACAGUCAAAUGCCCUGUAUUUCAUAAUGAUGAAAUGUUAAUGUUGUUACACUUAUUUGAUUGAUAGAUGUGGGAUUGAAAUUUUCUAAGAGACAUUAUCAUUAUUUCAACAUAUAUUUUUUGCCAAAAAUUUUGUGGCACAAAAUUUUUUCAGAUGGGUGGGGCAUGUAACGGACUAGGUUUUCACAAGAAAACAGAGAGGUAGCGUGAGUGAACAGUGAAUUGUGUUGACCAGGUUUUUCCACGGGGAGAGACAAUCAAUGUGGAUUGUAUUUUUGAGAACAAAUGUGAGCUCCACGUUUUUGGAGAGUAAAAUUAUGUUUUUGUCAGAGCGGUUGUUUUCCAAGCUUUGCUGGUAAUAAAGUAUGAGUUGACUGAGAUAGUCAGAGCUAAGCGCAGAGCAGUAGAGAACAGUAGAGCUAGGAGAGCUGUGUGAUUAGACAGUUGAGCUGAGUUAUAGUAGUGUGAGGACGUGUCUUUCUGAAUGAUGGAAUAAUACUAUAUAUAUAUGUGAAAUUACAUUCAUGCAAGGAUUAUCAUUAAUAUUAUCAGUAUAAAGUGUGUUCAAUAAAGUACUGUGAGUUUUAACCAGAAUUGAGUAUUCUUCUUUACGUGCCUGGAUAAUAAGUGAAAGAAUGAAGAAGACUUAGUCGGCAUCCUGAAGUAUUAACAUAAGUAACCAUACUACUGACAUAACCCACAGCAUAAGAAAUAAGAUCCCACGCCAUGAAUCCCAAAUUAAAAAGAAUAAUUUUAAAAAAUAAUAAUUGAAAUGUUACCAUUCCCUAAGAUUUUUUUUUCACAAUACUAUUUACCUUUGACGAUGACAAGAUAAUGAUAAAUCAAAAUGUAUGUAACAAAUGAAUUUGAAUAAACCUAGGGUUCCCAAUUUUUAAAAAGAAAUUAAAAUAAAAAAUAAUUAUAAAAUUAUUACCAUUCCCUUAGUAGUUGUUUUUUUUUCCACAAAAUUAUUUACCUUUCCCUUUGCCUUAUUCAAAUUCAUUUAUUGGAAAUAUUUGACAAGUCAUCAUGUAGCUGUGAACAGUGUUUGCAGAUAAUUUGUUAUAUAUUAAACAAUGACGGCAAGACGUCAAGCAAAAAUAAAUAUUGUAUUGCCGACCGACAGACAGGGUGACAAUCUGCCAUCUGGUAGAAGUCCAAAUGCCUCAAUCACUUUCUGCCAAAACCGAAAAUAUACAAAAUUAAAUUUUCUGUUUCGGCUUAAACCAUAAAUAAACCCAAAGUUAACUUUUCUGUUUUAGCCGAAACCAAAGCUUCGCCAAGAGUGAUCAAAUGGCAACUAUCUGCACCGAAAACAAAGCCAAAAUUCGGUCGGUCUCUAGACAAAAUGUCCUACAAAUUAACUCAUUGUGUCAUCAGUACAACCACUAACACAAAUAAUCCAAUUAGUACAGUAAGUUUUGCUGACAAACUUAGCCCCCCCAAAAAAAACAAUGCACUAAAGCAGCGGUUCUCCACCUGUGGGUCGCGACCCCUUGGGGGGUCGAACGACCCUUUCAAAGGUGUCACCUAAGACCAUCCUAAAAUACAUAUAGUCUAAAGUUAUGAAGUAGCAACAAAAUAAUUUUAUAAUUGGGGGUCACCACAACAUGAGGAAUUGUAUUAAAUGGUUGCGGAAUUAGGAAGGUUGAGAACCACUGCACUAAAGGGAUUACUGGAUCACACAGCUUUUUUUGUUCAUUCUCUGAAUUGUUCUCCCAUUCCCCCCACUUUACCAAACCCGCUUCUCCUUUGUUCACACCAUUUCCUAUGCCAGCCACUCUUUCACACUCACACCUUUACUGCUUUCAUAAAAUAACUAACUAAUCUAUCAUCAAGGAUUCUCACUUCAUCAUUCUUGUCUUGAAGAUAUACCGGUAAACGCCUUUGAAUGUUGAAUAUUGAAAAGUUCAACUAGAUUAAAAACUUACUUUGUGAUUGUGAUUGUAAAUCAGCCAAAUAUUUCUCAAUCAAAUGGAUGCUACACCUGAUGUGAGCUACACCGAAUAAACCACUGGAGAGUUUUACAAUAAAUUUGAUGCAAUUGUAAAAUUUGUGGGGGCCUAAACGUUUUGGAUUUGCUCAGGGCCCAAAAAUCCUCUACAUGGCCCUUAUUGUAAAUAAUGAAAUCAUUAAAAAAUGCAUUUACCCACAGACUUUUAAUGUUUUUUAACAAUGUCCCUUUUAAUGCUAAUGUAUGGUACUUAAAAUAAUGAAUUUUACUAUUGUUUCAGCGCAUUUUUGUCUUGACGUGCAGAGUUGAUUAUAAGAAUAGAAGAGAAGUGGUAGAUAGCCAACUCUGGAGGUGAGUAAAAAAUUACAAUGGGACAGUAACUAAAUAAUUACUUUUUUCUCUCCACCCCUCUUCAGAUGAAUAUUUUUUUGCAAUCCCUAAAAUAAGUGUAUUUUUUAAUUUAUAUAGAUAAUUGUAUGUGGUAGUGGUAGCCUUUUUUUUCUUGCAAACAACUUUUAAUGCCACUCUCUCUAUAUAUAUAGAUAUCUUAUUUGAAAGUAUUUGUGAUGUAAACCAAUGCUCAACAUGUUUUUGCUUGCUACUCAGUUGCAUCAGUGCAAUCUUACAAUCUGCAGCACAUGGUGCUUGAGUUUCUUCAGCAGAUUUGUCUGUUCAUAUUCGUUUUCUUUACUGCAUUGAGUUAUUAAGAUGUUGUAGUUUCUGUUUUAAAGGUUAAAAAACUUCAAAGGGAGCCAACUCUAAAUGAAACACUGUUUCAAUUUCAAUGGUCAUAUUUUACUGUUAGUUCCUGACAUGCGAUAUCAAUUAGAUUAUUUGAUUAGCCAUAGAAAAAUGAUGUCUAUUUCUUUUCUAACUGGAGACAAACAUUUCUUGUAAAGGUGUUUUUUAACAAAGAUAUUUUCCUCAAUAAGAAAGUUUUGUAACUGCUGGCACACCAUCAAUUCAAAGAACUGUUGCCUCUCUGGGUUUUUUGCUUAUAUGGUCAUUUAAAUGACAGCGCCAAAUGUCUCAACAAAUCAUCAUUUAUUUAUCUGGCUGCUAAAAAAACUCAGUGAUUGCCUUUACAAGCCAUUAAAGAGAAUCAUUUACCGCUGUGUGUUCACUUGAAGCAUUUGCUCUCAAUCACUCGUUAUUCCCAAGUCUUUGCUCUCAAUUACUCAAUAUUCCCUUACCUAUGCUCUCAAUCACUCACUAUUACCAAACUUUUGCUCUCAAUCACUCAUUAUUCCCAAGCCUUUGCUCUCAAUCACUCACUAUUACCAAAAUUUUGCUCUCAAUCACACAUUAUUCCCAAGCCUUUACUCUCAAUCACUCAUUAUCCCCAAGCCUUUGCUCUCAAUCACUCAUUAUUCCCAAGCCUUUGCUCUCAAUCACUCACUAUUACCAAAAUUUUGCUCUCAAUCACACAUUAUUCCCAAGCCUUUACUCUCAAUCACUCAUUAUCCCCAAGCCUUUGCUCUCAAUUACUCAUUAUUCCCAAGCCUUUGCUCUCAAUAACUCAUUAUUCCCAAACCUUUGCUCUCAAUCACUCAAUAUUCCCAAGUCUUUGCUCUCAAUCACAGGGGUUGCUAAGGAUGAUUUUUAUGGAACCAUAGUGGGUACCAAUAUAUUUUUUAAAAAGUAAUUUAGAUUCCAAUGAAUUUUUCACAGGUCUGAUGACUAUGGGUCUAGCUACAAAGAGAUGAAAUUUGAAUCGGAAGCAAAAAUAUCCUUCAUUUACACCUUCCCAAGUAAUUAUAAAAAGGUUUGACCAUACUCACUCUUAUUAGAUCAAAGCUAUUUCAUUGUGAAUUUUAAGCCUAAGUUUGUACCCAUCAAUCAAAGAAUAGUCAGAGCCUUUAAUUUGGUUUAUUAAUGCUUUGAAAUAUUUUAUGAUUUGAGGAAUUAGCUUUUAUUAUUACUUAAGAAGGUAUAAAAUUACAAAAGCAACAAUUAAAGUGUUUUAAAAUCAAAAUAACUUUUCUCCCCAGCUCAUUUUCACUGACAUCAUGGCUAAGAAAAUUUACACAACAGAAGAUGAGCUAACCACUAACAAAUCGUAUGUUGUGGAGGUAGAACCUGAUCUGCUGAUACCUCACCCGACUGAUGACAAUAAAUUCUUGCUCUAUAGUUUCACCCAAAGAAAGGUAUUUGGAGUAUAAUAUUACCAUGCUGAUAAUAAGUGUUAAAUGCAAGAUUGCUCUUAGUUGGAUAACAUAAAAUUGAUUACUUUUAUUCUGUUAUUCAAUUGUUGUAGAAAUUGUUUGGAAAGAAAACUUGUGGUAUUCUUUUAAUUUUCUUUAUUUCAAAUGAGAGAACUUUAACAUUCUCUACCAACAACCUUUUUUGAAGUCUAUUAAAAUGAACAUUUAUAACACUGGCCUAUGCAAUAUUGUUAGACUUGUUUUUAGGUGUAGUUGACCCGCUGAUUCCAACCAGGUUUCCCUUUACAGCUCUAGCUUUAAAGGUGUUUAACAUACAGCAUUUUUCAAUCAUGAAGCAUUUUAUUAAAAGAAAAGUGUGCUUCAUAAACAUAUGCUCAGAUUUACUCUUCACAACUACUUUACACAACUGAAAUUCCUACUUUACACAACAGAUCUUCCUACUUUACACAACAGAACUUUCUACUUUACACAGCAGAACUUGCUACUUUACACAACUUAACUUCCUGCUUUACACAAUUGAAUUUCCUACUUUACACAACUGAACUUCUUACUGGAGUUCAAUCCCCCCCAAAGCCCAGUCAAGCAAAAACAUCACCUGCACCCUGGGUGGAUGGGACUUGUUAACCCUGGUUGGCAAUUCAUCUAAGAGAAGGAAACUCUGAAUUUAAAAUCCGGAGUUGGGGUCCUGUGGAUAACAUUGGUACAAUGAAACAUUCCGACAAAUCCUGCCACGUCACUGGUGCCAAGCUGUAUAUCCACAUACGAUGUUUCCUUGGGUUAUCCAGCGGCAUGGAGUGAGGUGAAUUGCUGUUGGGAACCAGCUUAUAAUCCUAGAAGAAUAAUCCCAGGCCUUGUGGAUUGCAAAAUCUACACCAUCGUCACAUUGUGACAAACGGAUACCAGCAUUUUAGAAAAAAAUGAAAAAAUCAAUAUUGUCCUCAAUAUCGACCUCAACAAGUUUAUGCUAGUGUGUAGUUGAGAAAGAAAAUUAAAAAACUAUAUUUCCCGUUAAAAUAAGAAAUUUUUAUGACAUCCAGAUUCUGCACAAAAGAUUUAAUAUUUUAGCAAUUCAAACUUAUCUUAAAACCUAGAGCUGCUAUGAGAAAUCUGAUGUGAUUUUUAAAAAAUCAGUGCCCCAAAUAAAAACAGGAAGAGAUCAAAAACCAAGAAACAAGUUUGUAUUUGUUGGCCUGUGUAAUUAAUGGAUCUGCUGUAUUAACUGAUUCCUUUCAAAUAUUUGUGUAAACUUUUUCCAUAGUAACAAUGAUUCUAUUACCCAUUUAUACAUUUUAGCUGUUUGUCUCUGUCAACUUCGGUGCAAAUUUUAAAUUAUUGUCAGAAGAUGUCCUGCCCAACUUUUACUGGUUAGUACAAAACUUCACAAUUUACUUGCAUUUUCAUGAAGAUUACAUCAGUAUAAAAGGAAUGUCUUUUUUUUGUAAUGUAUUUAUCUAUAUAUAGAUUAUCAAUUUUAUAUAGUGUUUGGCACUUUAAGUUUUUGUUCUAUGACAGAAAUUCAAGAAUGCUAAAAUAAUGUAUUCUUUUUUGUGCUGUUUAAAUAGGGGUGAGAGUGGUUUUGACAAGAAUCCAGAUAUAGUGCACAUGGAGAUUGAAGGGGGAAGUAAGGAAAUACGUUUCUUUUAAUAAUCUGUUAAUGGAUAAGCUUUGUACAUGAUAAACCUUAAGCCUUUUUUUAUAACAGUUAAAAAACAAAUAAAUAUCUUAAUGUUUGUGAAGCAAAACUAAAUUUAAGCGCCUCUUAAUUUUUUAAGAUAUGCAUGAAGGGAUAUAUAAACAUUUGACAUGUAAUUUGAUGGGCUCAAAGGUGUGUAAAAAAAAAUGAAUGUAAUGAUUUCUCUUUCAGUGCCAUCUCAGGCAAUGUAUAAGUCUUGUAUCGUACCUGACUGCACGAAUGAGCCAAAUCCAGAACUGCAAGAUGUGGGACCUUUUCUAGCCACCAGUCUUACCACCCAUAAGGAGUAUAUGUUUGUCCAAGUAUGAGCCAAAGUCAUUCAUUCUUAUUUAUUUAAAGGCUUGUAAAAUUUUCAUAAUUGAAUUUAUAUAAAAAUUUCAACUGUUAUUUAAAUUAGUAUAUUUUUCAUUUCAGAAAAGCAACUGGAAUGGAUCAGAAAACUACCUAGCAGUUUCUCAUCAAAGAAAAGCAUUCCAGAGGGCUUAUUUUCCAGGUGAUCUCAAAACAAAUGUAAGCAUAUUCAUUAUAGUUUUAAGACAAAAAUUGUAGUAAAAAAUAAACAAUUAUAUCCUGAAAAUGUAAAAAAUGAUAAUUUUAAAAAAAAAAAUUGAAUAAAAAAAAAAAAAAUAAAAUCCAAAAAAGUAAAAAAAGAAAAAUUAAAAAAAUAAUUUCAAAGGGCCCCCCCCCCCCCACCUCCUUUCCUAUGUUUUAAUUAAUAUCUGGGCUUGUAUUGGUUAUUAAAAUUUGAAUGCUUAUCUUGAUGUAAAGGAGAUAUGAAGCUGCAAACGUUUAUUUCCUCCGACUAGGAUUUUAUGCUCCUAAACCUUGAUGGUGGCCAGGUAUUUGUUGCUGUGAAUCACGGUGAUGUGGUCAAUUUGUACUUGUCAGAUGCUGUUGGUCAGUACUAUGUUCUUAGCAUGGAAAAUAUUUACCAUGUUAUGAGAUUGGACUGGUUUGAAAUAGAUUUUCAUGAGGUAAUGCACUAUUUUGUAUGCUUCUUAAAUAAUAGUACAUAUAUAUUGAUUCAAGUUAACUGUAUUGUAAAAUUGAAUCUGCAAUUUCUUCUAUGUGUUGGACCAAUUUUUAUUCCAUUUGUCAUGUUGGUUUAUGAUUGUUUUUUGAAAAUGUCUUUACCCCUUAGAUUCAUUAAGAUCAGCUUCUAGUCAGCUUCUGAAACCUUCUAGAGUCAUAUCAUUUUCUGUUUAAAGGUGAAAGGAAUGAACUGGACUUUCCUUGCAAACAAAAGAAUUUCUACUCAAUCUGGAAUGGUUGCCAGGACUUACAUAUCUUAUGAUAAGGGAGGCAACUGGGCACCUUUAUAUAUCAACCAAAGUUGCAAAGGGGUAGGUUUCAUUUACUUACAUGUCCAUAGUUUAGUGACUUCCAUUUAGUGACUUCCAUUUAGUGACUUCCAGGUAAUCUACCACUUGAGCGUCGGCCUAGAAAAAAUCCAGUUGUUCCGGUUGGAAGGGCUAUUUAAACAACUAUUCUUAUAUUAUUUUUAAUGACACUGGUUGUACGUAUUCAUUCCCAUAAUAAUAGACAAUGUUUUUUAAAUAGAAAAACUAUAACAAUUUUUUGAAAUAGAAGAUAAUGAGUGAAAAUGGAAUUAUGCAUAGUUCUCCCCCAAGUUGACAAUGAAGUUUUAAAAAAUAUAAUUUCCACGAAAACGGUUGUGGUACAUGAAUCCACGUAAAUAUGAAGGGAAAGAUCACCGGCGCUUCUUGUGCCAAACUGUCUUUUCAGUUUACGCUUUCUGAGCAUUCACGUUUUCCAUAUUCUGUGUGUGGACAUCCGCGUCAUCUGGAUCAAAAAAUAAUAAUUAUAGUCUCUUUUUCUUCCUGGCAUAUCGGUAGCUUGGCAGUAAUAAUUAUUUAAAUGUAUUAGUAUUAUAUAACUUUAUAUAUUCUAUACGGAAGCAAAAAUAUUAACAGACUCCAAUGUAAGAAAGUUGUUUAUAUAGCCCUUCCAACCGGAACAACUGGAUUUUUUUCUUGGCCAACGCUCAAGUGGUAGAUUACCGACUUCCAUUUAAUGGCUUCCAUUUAGUGACUUCUAUUUAGUGACUUCUAUUUAGUGACUUCUAUUUAGUGACUUCCAUUUAGUGAGUUCUAUUUAGAAUUUAGUGACUUACAUUUACUGACUUCUAUUUAGUGACUUCAUUUAGUGAGUUCUAUUUAGUGAGUUCUGGGGGAUUGUCUCAACUUUCUGAGUCAUUAUUUCAGAUUGACAGCUGUGCCCUUCAACUUCAAAUCUCCCAGGGUGGUCUGGUUACACCAAUCUUCUCUGAGGCUAAUGCUGUUGGAAUCAUUAUGGCUCAUGGAAUUUUGGGGACAAGUUCCAUUGACCAGACACCUUUUGUUUUCACCAGCCGUGACGGUGGAGCCAACUGGAUCAAAGCAGAAGUUGAGAAAAUGGUUCGAAGUAUUUUUAUUUAUAACUUUCGGCAAUUAUUUAGAUCCUAAUUGAGUUGAUGUUUAAUUUAUAUUCAUUUCUACUGUGGGAUGAUGUCUGCCCAACCAGAUGAUGAUCUAUCUUGAUUUCAGCUUUUUCUUCCAUCUUCCAGACUUGCAUAUGUUACCCCUUGAGGCUCAAUUUGAAGUUCAGUUUAUACACUGUUUGUAAGUUCAUACACAGCCUGUCAGUUCAUACACAGCUUGUCAGUUCAUACACAGCCUGUCAGUUCAUACACAGCCUGUCAGUUCAUACACAGCCUGUCAGUUCAUACACAGCUUGUCAGUUCAUACACAGCCUGUCAGUUCAUACACAGCCUAUCAGUUCAUACACAGCCUGUCAGUUCAUACACAGCUUGUGGCAGCUACCAGAGUUAUAAAGUCAACAAAAUUCAAUCACCCAAUUCUGAUUGAAUACUUAAACAUCAGGACACAUGUACAGGUAGAAGAUAAGUAUACCUGUACAGGUAGAAGAUCAGGACACCUGUCCAAGUAGAAGAUCAGUAUUCCUGUACAGGUAGAAGAUCAGAACACCUGUACAGGUAGAAGAUCAGGACACCUGUUCAGGUAGAAGAUCAGGACACCUGAACAGGUACAAGAUCAGUAUACCUUUACAGGCAGAAGAUCAUGAUACCUGUACAGGUACAAGAUCAGGACAUCUGUACAAAUAAAAGACCUUGAUGUUUUGGUCUCAACUGUGAUUCAUGACCUUGACAUCAAGACACCUGUACAGGUAGAAGACCACCUUGCUGUUUUGGUGUCCAUCAUUAUGUCCAGUACCCUGGCAUCUUUCACUGCUGUUGGCAUUUAUUAUUGCUAUUAUUUCUGUAGAAGUCUCAUGCGCUGACCUCCUUUUUUAUCCUUAUUUGGGACAGGUCAUUGUGGAGUUAUCACUUACAUUGAUUGGUGCUAGUGAUGUUAAGGGAGUGGUCAUUGUGGAGCUAUAACAUACAUCAAUUGGUGCUAAUGAUGUUUAGGGACAAGUCAUGUGGAGUUAUCACUUACAUUGAUUGGUGCUAAUGGUGUUAAGGGUCAGGUCAUUGUGGAGUUAUCACUUACAUUGAUUGGUGCUAAUGGUGUUAAGGGACAGGUCAUUGUGGAGCUAUCACUUACAUUGAUUGGUGCUAAUGAUGUUAAGGGUCAGGUCAUUGUGGAGUUAUCACUUACAUUGAUUGGUGCUAAUGGUGUUAAGGGUCAGGUCAUUGUGGAGUUAUCACUUACAUUGAUUGGUGCUAAUGAUGUUAAGGGUCAGGUCAUUGUGGAGUUAUCACUUACAUUGAUUGGUGCUAGUGAUGUUUAGGGACAAGUCAUGUGGAGUUAUCACUUACAUUGAUUGGUGCUAAUGAUGUUAAGGGUCAGGUCAUUGUGGAGUUAUCACUUACAUUGAUUGGUGCUAAUGAUGUUAAGGGUCAGGUCAUUGUGGAGUUAUCACUUACAUUGAUUGGUGUUAAGGGACAGGUCAUUGUGGAGUUAUCACUUACAUUGAUUGGUGUUAAGGGACAGGUCAUUGUGGAGUUAUCACUUACAUUGAUUGGUGCUAAUGGUGUUAAGGGUCAGGUCAUUGUGGAGUUAUCACAUACAUGGAAUGGUGCUAAUGGUGUUGAGGGACAGGUCAUUGUGGAGUUAUCACUUACAUUGAUUGGUGCUAGUGAUGUAAAGGGAAGAUCAUUGUGGAGUUAUCACUUACAUUGAUUGGUGCUAAUGAUGUUAAGGGUCAGGUCAUUGUGGAGUUAUCACUUACAUUGAUUGGUGUUAAGGGACAGGUCAUUGUGGAGUUAUCACUUACAUUGAUUGGUGCUAGUGAUGUUAAGGGACAGAUCAUUGUGGAGUUAUCACUUACAUUGAUUGGUGUUAAGGGACAGGUCAUUGUUGAGUUAUCACUUACAUUGAUUGGUGUUAAGGGACAGGUCAUUGUGGAGUUAUCACUUACAUUGAUUGGUGUUAAGGGACAGGUCAUUGUGGAGUUAUCACUUACAUUGAUUGGUGCUAGUGAUGUUAAGGGACAGGUCAUUGUGGAGUUAUCACUUACAUUGAUUGGUGUUAAGGGACAGGUCAUUGUGGAGUUAUCACUUACAUUGAUUGGUGCUAGUGAUGUUAAGGGAUAGGUCAUUGUGGAGUUAUCACUUACAUUGAUUGGUGCUAAUGGUGUUAAGGGACAGGUCAUUGUGGAGUUAUCACUUACAUUGAUUGGUGCUAAUGAUGUUAAGGGAGUGGUCAUUGUGGAGUUAUCACUUACAUUGAUUGGUGCUAGUGAUGUUAAGUGAGUGGUCAUUGUGGAGCUAUAACAUACAUCAAUUGGUGCUAGUGAUGUUUAGGGACAAGUCAUGUGGAGUUAUCACUUACAUUGAUUGGUGCUAAUGAUGUUAAGGGUCAGGUCAUUGUGGAGUUAUCACUUACAUUGAUUGGUGUUAAGGGACAGGUCAUUGUGGAGUUAUCACUUACAUUGAUUGGUGCUAAUGGUGUUAAGGGUCAGGUCAUUGUGGAGUUAUCACUUACAUUGAUUGGUGCUAAUGGUGUUAAGGGACAGGUCAUUGUGGAGCUAUCACUUACAUUGAUUGGUGCUAAUGAUGUUAAGGGUCAGGUCAUUGUGGAGUUAUCACUUACAUUGAUUGGUGCUAAUGGUGUUAAGGGUCAGGUCAUUGUGGAGUUAUCACUUACAUUGAUUGGUGCUAAUGGUGUUAAGGGACAGGUCAUUGUGGAGUUAUCACUUACAUUGAUUGGUGCUAAUGGUGUUAAGGGUCAGGUCAUUGUGGAGUUAUCACUUACAUUGAUUGGUGCUAAUGGUGUUAAGGGACAGGUCAUUGUGGAGUUAUCACUUACAUUGAUUGGUGCUAAUGGUGUUAAGGGUCAGGUCAUUGUGGAGUUAUCACUUACAUUGAUUGGUGCUAAUGGUGUUAAGGGACAGGUCAUUGUGGAGUUAUCACUUACAUUGAUUGGUGCUAAUGGUGUUAAGGGUCAGGUCAUUGUGGAGUUAUCACUUACAUUGAUUGGUGCUAAUGGUGUUAAGGGACAGGUCAUUGUGGAGUUAUCACUUACAUUGAUUGGUGCUAAUGGUGUUAAGGGUCAGGUCAUUGUGGAGUUAUCACUUACAUUGAUUGGUGCUAAUGGUGUUAAGGGACAGGUCAUUGUGGAGUUAUCACUUACAUUGAUUGGUGCUAAUGGUGUUAAGGGUCAGGUCAUUGUGGAGUUAUCACUUACAUUGAUUGGUGCUAAUGGUGUUAAGGGUCAGGUCAUUGUGGAGUUAUCACUUACAUUGAUUGGUGCUAAUGGUGUUAAGGGACAGGUCAUUGUGGAGUUAUCACUUACAUUGAUUGGUGCUAGUGGUGUUAAGGGACAGGUCAUUGUGGAGUUAUCACUUACAUUGAUUGGUGCUAAUGAUGUUAAGGGUCAGGUCAUUGUGGAGUUAUCACUUACAUUGAUUGGUGCUAGUGAUGUUAAGGGUCAGGUCAUUGUGGAGUUAUCACUUACAUUGAUUGGUGCUAGUGGUGUUAAGGGUCAGGUCAUUGUGGAGUUAUCACUUAAAUUGAUUGGUGCUAAUGGUGUUAAGGGACAGGUCAUUGUGGAGUUAUCACUUACAUUGAUUGGUGCUAAUGAUUUUAAGAACCACAUUUUAAAAAAUCCCUUCAUUUUAACUUUUAAAAAAAAAUCAAAAUGAACAAUCUGUACCAUGUUGAUUGCAAUAUGUUAAUUACAUGUUACAUCUACUUUUGAAGACAUAGUGUUGCUAGCAAGUUGAAUGCAUGUACUUAAAUGAGACAAAUCUUUAACCUCUGUUUGAUGAUUCAUUUGAUCUCUUACCUCCAGAUGUCAUUAAAUGGAACCUUCAGAUUCAAUAUCUUAGACCAGGGCAGCAUUCUUACAGCUGUGCCAGAUGGACUAGUGACUGGACUCAAUAGUUCUACCAUUUAGUGAGUCUUUCAAAAUUGUUUUACAUUGUUGUCUAAGCAUAUAUAAACAGACAUUGUCUAUAUUGUUAUACCCAUAAACAUUCAUCUUCUAUUUUGAUAUACCUAUAUAAACAUAUGUUUUCUAUAUUACCAUACCCAUAUAAAUAUACAUUGUCUUUAUUGCUAUACCCACAUAAAAAUUCAUCUUCUAUUUUGAUAUACUGGUACCCACAAAAACAUAUGUUGUCUAUAUUACUAUACCCAUAUAAAUAUACAUUUUUUACAUAUUAAGUACUCUGCAUCGCAUUCCUAACCCUAACCAGGGAGAAUUAUGCUAAUAGCCUAAUUACAUGUUAAAAUAAUGCAAACCCAACCAAAGCAUAGACUGUACUAAUGCAAACCCAACCAAAGCUUAGACUGUACUAAUGCAAACCCAACCAAAGCAUAGACUGUACUAAUGCAAACCCAACCAAAGCAUAGACUGUACUAAUGCAAACCCAACCAAAGCAUAGACUGUACAAAAGAAAGCAAAACUAUUUAAAUUUGCAGAACAAUUUCUGCUUUACAUAUACCGUAAUCCCCCAAAAAUAACAGUACUGAAACUCCCGUAUCUUGAACGAGCAUGUGCAUUGGUCACCUCAAGCCUUCAAAUCCCCAGCGCAUAAUUCCCUCACAAAGUGGCACUGGAAAUAGUGAAAUGUCCUCAUCAACACCAGGGACGGAAACAUUGCAAAUCCCUUCUACAUGCAUACGAGCCAAAUUGAUCAAUAAAUUGAUCGUGGGCCCUUAAUAUAUAGUCAGAUUGUUACGGUAUAGGUAUUUUUUUCGCCAACAAAAGUCUCAUCCGUUAUCAUGUCGAUCAGACUUUCUCUUCCAUUGACAGAGAACAGAGUUGUUGGUGCCUUUUUUAUCUUUCUCGGAAUAGUUCUUCCACCUUUUUAAGAAACAUGGUCACCCUUAAAAUUCACUAAGGUAUGAGAGAGAAUAUUGAUAAACUGUGAAUACAUUUUCUUGAUGUAAUGACCUAUUUCCAACAAAAAGGGCCUAACAUACAAUCCUUUUUACUUCUUUGGUCAUGUGUCAGCUGGAGCUGUGCAUCGUUGACAAACGCAAGUAUGCAUACAACACGUAAAAGUGUCAGUACCACGGACAUCAUUUCAGGUUUUUUCAGGGGGGCAAAACCAAAACUUGGUCAGCUUGUUAAGUUGUUUAUUACUGGAGUCGGCACAGUACAUAGCAAUUUAAAUAACACCUGCAAAUUCAGGGGAUGUGGGGGCAAAUGCCCCACCCUGCCCUACCCAAAUGUCAUCCCUGGUCAGUACUGCUAGUUUUGGCACGUGCUGUAAAUGAAUUUUUCCUUAAAAAGCCUAAACUAGCAAUUGGUGUUUCUCAUAGGAAAAUAUUGGAUUCAGGCUAAACUGUCAUGAUCCUUAUUUCUGAAGGCCUCCUUAUAUGUCUAAAAAUGCAUGUAUUUUUGUAAGUCAGUAUGUCCAAUUUUGCCACGACUCACCUAAACCCUGCAGAGACACACAACUGUGCUGUGACAGACUCACCUAAACCCUGCAGAGACACACUACUGUGCUGUGACAGACUCACCUAAACCCUGCAGAGACACACUACUGUGCUGUGACAGACUCACCUAAACCCCGCAGAGACACACUACUGUGCUGUGACAGACUCACCUAAACCCUGCAGAGACACACUACUGUGCUGUGACAGACUCACCUAAACCCUGCAGAGACACACUACUGUGCUGUGACAGACUCACCUAAACCCUGCAGAGACACACUACUGUGCUGCGACAGACUCACCUAAACCCUGCAGAGACACACUACUGUGCUGCGACAGACUCACCUAAACCCUGCAGAGACACACUACUGUGCUGUGACACACAGUUUGGAAAGCACUGAUGUAAUAUUUUAAUGAACUCUAAUAAAUAUGUCUUCAAUCCGAAUGCCGUUUAUGUCAUGGGAACAUUGCCACUUUGAGCCUAAGGCAAACCAUUUUUUAAAGUUAACAAGAAGCCAAUAAUUAAGCAUAUGUUUGGACUUGUUUCAGUUUUUCUCUGGAUCAAGGAAGCACAUGGACCAGCCAGCUGUUUGACAACCAAGGCCUCAUUGUAAAAGGUGUGUUAACUGAGCCAGGCAUCACAACAUUGGUUGAAAGGUAAUUUUGUUUUUAAAGAGGUUAUUUUAAAAAAAGAAAUAGUAAUGUAUUUCUUGUAUUCUCGUAAUAAAUGUUAACUUUUAAAUUCCAAUAUGCAAACAAUGUGAUACUGGCUUCAUGGGCAUCACUUGCAAUAAUUAUAAAAGCCCAUACUGGCUUAAUGGGCAUCAGUUGCAAUAGUUCUAAAAGCCCAUACUGGCUUAAUCGACAUCACUUGCAAUAAUUCUAAAAGCCCAUACUGGCUUAAUAGCCAUCACUUGCAGUAGUUCUAAUAGCCUAUACCUGACAUAUUUUAUUAUAAUGGACAGUACUACAGUCUGUAACCUUCAUUCUUAGUAGGCCAUUGUUGUUUUAUAGUUAGUUUGUAGGCCAUAGCUAUACCACAGUUAGUGUGAGCUCAAGUAUUCUGUCUCCUUUUUUGUGAGGCCACAUGAUAGCUUUCUAGGAAUCUAUAGAUCUCUGGAAAACAAAUGUUUACUUAAAAUAAUUUAAGAGAGAUGGUAACUAACAUAAAAUAUCUGAUAUCUAGCUUAACUAAGAUAAUAUAUGACAGCCAGUUUAACUAAAAGAUAAUAUCUGAAACCUGGUAUAACUAACAGAUAAUAUCUGACUGCCAGUUUAACUAAAAGAUAAUAUCUGAAACCUGGUAUAUAUAUAACAGAUACUAUCUGACUGCCAGUUUAACUAAAAGAUAAUAUCUGAAACCUGGUAUAUAUAACAGAUAAUAUCUGACUGCCAGUUUAACUAAAAGAUAAUAUCUGAAACCUGGUAUAACUAACAGAUAAUAUCUGACUGCCAGUUUAACUAAAAGAUAAUAUCUGAAACCUGGUAUAUAUAACAGAUAAUAUCUGACUGCCAGUUUAACUAAAAGAUAAUAUCUGAAACCUGGUAUAUAUAGCAGAUAAUAUCUGACUGCCAGUUUCACUAAAAGAUAAUAUCUGAAACCUGGUAUAUAUAACAGAUAAUAUCUGACUGCCAGUUUAACUAAAAGAUAAUAUCUAAAACCUAUUUUAACUAACAAAUAAUAUCUGACUACCAAUUACUAGUUAAUUGUGCAGAUCAUGAUAACCUAUUAGUAUUGAAUUGCAUAUCUAAAAAAUAUUGAAGAUUUUGUAGCUGCAAACCAAUUUUAGCUAGUUUCCCAUCAUCUGGAAUCAAAGAACAUUGUAAUGAUGCAUUAAGGUUUGUGUGUCUGGAUAUUUUCUUGCUGUACCAUAGCACAUGUUCAUGAGUCUCAUCAAAUAUCUAACAAGAGUCAAUGCUGUUUUUUUUUCUUGGCUAACCUCAUAGAGAUGAUAGGUCCACUCAAUACCUUUAUGAUUUUAGUGGGGAAAUGAAGGGUCCACUCAUCCCAUUAUAAUUCUAUUGGGGAAAUCAAGGGUCAAUCGUACCAUUAUGAUUCUCGUGGAGAAAUGAAGGGUCCACUGAUACCAUUAUGAUUAUAGUGGAGAAAUGAAAGGUCCACUUUUACCAUUAUGAUUUUUUAGUGGACAUAUAAAUAGUCCACUGAUACCAUUAUUAUUCUAGUGGGGAAAUGAAAGGUCCACUGUCCUAAAGUUGGUUUCCACCUAUACAUUAAUGAUGUUCUAAUCACAUAACAUGGACAUAUCCCCUUUUCCUGCAAGCGAUUGUCUACUGAUCCUCUCUAUUUAACCUAAUGUUCUUGAUGUUUAGAGGUGAGAGAAAUGCCGUCCAUGGGUGUAGAGGUGAGAAAAAUGCCAUAGAAGCAGUUCCCCCAUGUGUAGAGGUGAAAGAAAUGCCAUAGAAGCAGUUGUCCCGCUUGUACUUUUUUGGUGUGUGCAGUUUUGUUAACCUUUAUCCAGCUGUUAGUAUUGCUAUAAGCAACCUUAAGUAUGCACUUUUUUCCUCUGAGCUUGGGAACUAUUCAUUAUAUUACGGUUAUACUUAUUCAUGUAAGUAAUGACCAAUGUCUUGUCUGUUUGCCUUCCCACUAAGAAAAUGAAUCACUUCACUAUUUUGUCCUUUCAAAUAAUAAAGACUUGCAACAAUCUAACAUCAUCUGCUUUAAUAAAUUUGUUUUCUCAGUGUAUUUGGCCAUGAAGUCAAAGACAAACCAUGGACAUUGAUCAAGCUCAACUUUUCCUUGAUAUUGCCAGUAAAAUGUGAAGAAGCAAACUAUACUUUUUGGCAGCCUAAAGAUUACAAUUCUGUAAGUAUGUGAAAGAUGACAAUUCUGUAAUUAUGUGAAAGAUCACAAUUCUGUAAGUAUGUGAAAGAUCAUAAUUCUGUAAGUGUGUUAAAUCAAAAUGGUAGUGUAUUUUUUUCUAAUCUUAGUUUUUUCCAGUAAUGUUUUCAAUAAAAUGUGUCAAAUAAAAUCUGACUUGUUAUUUCUUGCCAGGCCAAUGCUUCCAACUGUUUGUUGGGAAGUGAUGUGAAAUACAAGCAACGCAAAGCUGAUGACAAGUGUUAUAAUGGAGGCAGUGUUGUACUUAAACAAGAGAAUGUCACGUGUUUAUGUACUGCAGAAGAUUAUGAAUGGUAUGUAUUUAAAUGUAUUCUUGUUGUCAGCAUCCCACAAAAAAUGUGUGCAGUUUGAAAACAAAACAGUAAUGCAUGAAGUAAGGAGCAUCCCACAAAAAAAUGUGUGCAGUUUAAAAACAAAACAGGUAUGCAUGAAGUAAGGAGCCAUCUUAUAUAUUAUAAUUGGGGGCCAUCUUAUAUAUAUUAUAAUUGAGAGGCCAUCCAUAUAUUAUAAUUAGGAGCCUUUCAUAUAUUAUAAUUGGGGGCCAUCCAUAUAUUAUAAUUUGAGGCCAUUUAUAUAUUAUAAUUGGGAGCAAUCUUAUAUAUUAUAAUUGAGAGGCCAUCCAUAUAUUAUAAUUAGGAGCCUUUCAUAUAUUAUAAUUGGGGUCCAUCCAUAUAUUAUAAUUUGAGGCCAUUUAGAUAUUAUAAUUGGGAGCCAUCCAUAUAUUAUAAUUCGGGGCCUACCAUAUAUUAUAAUUAGGAGCUUUUCAUAUAUUAUAAUUGGGGGCCAGCCAUCUAUAUAUAUAUAAUUCGCCAGAAGUAGGGCAAACAACAAGACGACCACGCAUGCUAUUUAUAGAUACACCAGAGCAAGCAAGACGCAGGCAAACCCUCCCUUCCCUUGCCACCCUGGCUUGCCAGCCAGCUCGCGGUGUAUGCUAAGCUGCGGGUCGGCGUGAAAUAAAAAGUGUGCCGUGAAAGGGGGGGAGGGGAAGAGGUGUAGCGAAAUUGGCAUUCUUAAAUGUGCGUAACUUAAGUUCACGUUUUUGUCAAGUAACUUUAGUAGAUGGGAAGUUCACGCAUUGCUGUGGCCAACUUGCCAGCCAUGCGCACACCCCAACAAGCUUGUGGUGUAUGUUACGCUGCAGGUCGCCUAGUAUAUUAUAAUUAGGAAUCUUUCAUAUAUUAUACUUGGAGACCAGCCAUGUAUUAUAAUUAGGAAUAAUUCAAACAUUAUUUUUAGUAGUCUUACAUAUAUUAUAUAUACUAAUAUAAAGGGCCAUCAAUAUACUAAAGUACUAAAUUCAUAUACUAUAAUUAGUAGUCAUCCUAAAAGUACAGUAAACCAUCCAUAUACUAUAGUAAGGGACCAUCCAUAUUAAAGGUCAUUUAUAUACAAUGGAAUGCUGCAGUCAACAAACACAUUGGUUAACUAACAAAUUUUGUUAACAAUUUUUGUUGAGGUAACCAAUGUUACUUCAAGUUACGAACAUAGGCUUAGACCCACUCACCCCAACAUGAUCCCAUUGGCCCAGUAGUCUUUUGUCACGUUUGCUGUAAACAGUCUGUGCCAGACCUGUUAACUCUUACGAUUUUGGCUUACAAUGUACGAUUUUGAGGUGUAUAGAUUGUUUAUACUUAAUAUUUAUUUUUUCUAUAAAUAUUAACGUAUUGAACGAUUUUGUGAUGAUAUUGUACGAUUUAAAGAGUUUGAAAGUAAACAGGUCUGGUCUGUGCGCUAUGUUAAACAAAACACUACUUAAGUUAUUUGUGCAAUUUUAGUGGUCAUUUAGCCCUCAUUUUUACACCUCAAUAGAAAAAGUGUUAUCAAAAGGAAUAGCGUUAGUAAAGAAUGAAAUCAGUUUCAAGGACAAUGCAAUGUUGCACUUCCGGAACAUUCUGCAGCAAAAAAAAAAAAUGAAAAUUGACUUGAGACAUCUUUCUUGUGUGCACAGAAAAGGAACCAACCAAAAUGGUGCAAGGAAAAGGAGAAAAAAAAAAGAGAGCUUUAUGGAGAGAUAUGCCUCUUAAAUGUAAUACUAAUAGUUUCCUCCUCCAUGGCUGCCAUUAUCCUGUGUCAGCAACUGUCAACAAACACACCAUCAUACUGUGUCAGCAACUGUCAACAAACAUACCAUCAUCCUGAGUCAGCAACUAUCAGCAAACAUUGUCAAAGACAGUCAUAUUUUUAUUUACUUUGUUAUGUCUUUAGAUACCUACAACUAAGGACAUUGUCUUUUCUUUCUGUGUUGUUCAUUACAGAAGAACGCUAAGACUUAUAAAUGUAAAAAUACAAUAUUUCUAAGUCUGGAAUGGAGUAAUUGAAUUUAUGAUGUUUGCAGUGGGAAAAAUUAUUUGUCAGUUAACCUUUCUGUUUAAUAACGAAGUUACGGAACGGAUUAAGUUGAUUGUCCAAGGCUCCACAGUACUAUAGUUAAUAGGCAUCUCUACAUUAUAGUCAAAAACUUGUGUGACAAGCAGUAUUUACCAGCCACCCACCCCCCCCCUCCUUUCCCCCCCACCCACCUCCUUCCCCCUCUUAUUCAGAAUUUUUUUUUUUUUUUUAAAUUCCUAUUAUUAAUCUGAGCUUUGACUAUUCUUUUGAUGAUGUUACAUUUAAAUUCUUAGUAAAAAAUCUGACCUUUGCCUAUUCUUUUGAUGAUGUUACAUUUGCUGACUUUCAGUGACUUUGGCUACGAAUACCAUGAUGGUGAGUGUAAAAAAGCUCUGUGGUUUCAUGAAGGCUACAUACUUAGUGAUUGUGAUGAUGGAGGCACUUAUCAAGAAAGCAAAGGGUAAUUCAUUUAUCUUCAAAUAUUUCUGUCAGGUUGGUCAUAUUGUGACUUGACACUAUAGUGGUGGUGGUUUGUAGCUAUAGAUUAGUCAUAUUGUGACUUGACACUAUAGUGGUGGUAGUGCGUAGCUAUAGGUUGGUCAUAUUGUGACUUGACACUAUAGUGGUGGUAGUGCGUAGCUAUAGGUUGGUCAUAUUGUGACUUGACACUAUAGUGGUGGUAAUGUGUAGCUAUAGGUUGGUCGGAUUGUGACUUGACACUAUAGUGGUGGUAAUGUGUAGCUAUAGGUUGGUCAGAUUGUGACUUGACACUAUAGUAGUGGUAAUGUGUAGCUAUAGGUUGGUCAGAUUUUCACUUGACACUAUAGUAAAGGUGGUAUGUAGCUAUCCAAAACAUGAUAAGACUAUAUUAGUUAAUGGUGUUUUCGAUCCUUCAUUUUAGUACCCGGUAUGCAGUGUUAAAAUAUGAACCUCUUAAAUAUUCAGCUAUAGGCAGAUACCGGCUGAUAAUUGCUUUGAAGGAAGUGACAUGGGUAAAUAUGGCAGAACUGCAAAACAAUGUCCAUUGGCUGCUCCCAUUCAGCUGUCCAUUCUUGGUGAGGGUUUCAAUGUCCAGGCAGGAAAGGAAGUAAUUUUUCAUCUGGAACAAGCUGGAGUAAGUCAACAAAUUAUAUUGAUUUCUAAACUAAUUAAAAGCAGAAAAAAGUGAAUAAAGAAUCCUGAAGCCAACCAGAUCAUACAAGCUGCUGAAGAAAAUUUAGUCCUAUCUAUGCUUUAAUAAACACAAUGACUAAUGUAUUCUCCAUCUUAUUUCCAGGGUUCUAAAUUUGAUACAAACUACUCUUGGAACUUUGGAGACUUGAGCUCUAUGGAGAAUGUGACGGGAAUAAAACAAGCAUCCCCCAGAAAACAUAUCUUCCAUGAAUCAGGUCACUACAACAUCACGGUGACAGCUUCUAAUUCAAAGGGAAGCCUUUUAACCUGGGCAUACGUCCAUGUUCAAGGUAUUUAGAGAUUCAAAAACCCUCUUGGUGCCCAAAUAUUUGUCAAGUCAGUGAACAAGAAUCCCAAUCAUAAGUGAAGAUCAAAAAUGUUUUAAAUUAUUGUAUAAUAAGAUCAACUAUUUUUGUUUUUGUCUGUCCUGACUAACUAGCGUAAUGUUCCAAAGACUGACCAGAAUAUUGUUCCAAUGACUGACUAGCGUAAUGCUCCAAUGACUUGACUAGCGCCAUGUUCCAAUGACUGACCAGCAUAAUGUUCCAAUGACUGACCAUUGUAAUGUUCCAAUGACUGACCAGUGUAAUGUUCCAAUGACUGACCAGCAUAAUGUUCCAAUGACUGACCAGCAUAAUGUUCCAAUGACUGACCAGUGUAAUGUUCCAAUGACUGACCAGCAUAAUGUUCCAAUGACUGACCAGUGUAAUGUUCCAAUGACUGACCAGUGUAAUGUUCCAAUGACUGACCAGUGUAAUGUUCCAAUGACUGACCAGUGUAAUGUUCCAAUGACUGACCAGCAUAAUGUUCCAAUGACUGACCAGUGUAAUGUUCCAAUGACUGACCAUUGUAAUGUUCCAAUGACUGACCAGCAUAAUGUUCAAUGACUGACCAGUGUAAUGUUCCAAUGCCUGACCAGUGUAAUGUUCCAAUGACUAACCAGCAUAAUGUUCCAAUGACUGACCAGCAUAAUGUUCCAAUGACUGACCAGUGUAAUGUUCCAAUGACUGACCAGCAUAAUGUUCCAAUGACUGACCAGAGUAAUGUUCCAAUGACUGACCAGAGUAAUGUUCCAAUAACUGACCAUUGUAAUGUUCCAAUGACUGACUGGCGUAAUGUUCCAAUGACUGACCGGCGUAAUGUUCCAAUGACUGACCGGCGUAAUGUUCCAAUGACUGACCAGCAUAAUGUUCCAAUGACUGACCAUUGUAAUGUUCCAAUGACUGACCAGAGUAAUGUUCCAAUGACUGACCAAUGUACUGUUCCAAUGACUGACCAGUGUAAUGUUCCAAUGACUGACCAGUGUAAUGUUCCAAUGACUGACCAGUGUAAUGUUCCAAUGACUGACCAGCAUAAUGUUCCAAUGACUGACCGGUGUAAUGUUCCAAUGACUGACCGGCGUAAUGUUCCAAUGACUGACCAGCAUAAUGUUCCAAUGACCGACCAUUGUAAUGUUCCAAUGACUGACCAGAGUAAUGUUCCAAUGACUGACCAAUGUACUGUUACAAUGACUGACCAGUGUAAUGUUCCAAUGACUGACCGGCGUAAUGUUCCAAACAAGCAAAGCAAAGUCUUGUUAAUUCAAAGAUUUGUUUUAGUUCCUCGUCAUUUGAUAGAAAUAAACAUUUACCCUGUGUCAUUAAGACCAAAUUCAAAAUAAUUGACUGUAACCAGUUUUUUUUUAUCUACUUCACCUCUUAAAAUUCAGAUUUGAAAGCCAUUUUUAUAAAAAAAAAUAAAUCGGAGGAUUUCAAGUGUUUGUUUUUUCCAGAUUCCAUUAGUAAUACUUACUUGUCAGCACCUUGGGCUGUUAAGACUGGAUUACAAGUGGCCUUCAACUUGGUGGUAUCAUCCCAUACAAGGCUGAUGGCUUCUAGUUCAGGUCAUGUGCACUUUGUUUGGACUUUUGGAGAUGAGGUACCAGUCAUAAAAAUAAUUUUGAAUUUUGUUCUAGGGAUCUAUUCUUUGUAGAAUUAAGCAUUACAGAGUAGUAAAGGCAUCUUCCCUGCUCUAAAGUGAUGGUCACUUUUAAAUACCUAAAUGCUGUAUAACUCUCUAAAAGUUAUACUGUUAAAUGUGUUCUUGAUACCUCAGAAUUGAAUACAGCGCUGGUCUUAUCCUGAAGUCCCUAUUGGUUUGUAUUUUUGUCCCAGUUUCAAUCUCAUUCUGGUAAAAAUCAAUGUCUCCUGUCUAUCUUAGUUAUAAAUCUUAUUCACAUUCUUAAUAUCUGAACUUGUUUGGCUUAAGUUAGUCGUAUUCACAUUCUUAAUAUCUGAACUUGUUUGACUGAUAUUCAAAUGUAAUGUAUGUCAUUUCUAAUAAGCUCCAUAUACAGUCAGUAUUUUUCUCAUGUCUUUAAUACAUUUCCCAUUUUUUAAAUGUUGAAAGAUUUUGGACAAAAUAAGAAUUAAGUCAUUUAUGUAGUUCAAGUGAGAUAUACGAACAAUUGAAAAGUCUUUCUCGCCCCAAAAUAAAGGAUUCACAUUAGAGACCAGCCGAAAGGGAUUUUCUGAUUUGGGUUGAAACUGAAAGCAGACCGAAAGUUAAAUAUGACUUUUGAACUUUUGACCGAAACCGAAGCAGAAACAAAAAACUUAACGAGGCUUUCGGAUGAAAUCAAAGCCGAAACCAAAAGCUGAACGAGACUUUCGAACGAGGCCGAAAGAAUUAUAUAUUUUGAAAUUUCUUCAUACAUUGAAAAAUAAUGGGGGAAAGUAUCAAAAUGUUUAUUAUUUUUCUAAAAAAUGAGAUCAUCGAAAGUUUUAAUAGAUAAGCAUCUAAUGCAGUGGUUCUCAACCUUUCUAAUGCUGCGACCCUUUAAUACAUUUCCUCAUGUUGUGGGGACCCCCAACCACAAAAUUAUUUUCGUUAAUACUUUAUAACUGUAGAGUAGGGCCUAUAUGUGUUUUCAGAUGGUCUUAGGCGACCCCUGUGAAAGGGUCAUGCGAACCCCCAAAGGUUGAGAACUACUGAUCUAAUGAAUACUUUGGCUUUUACCAUUUGAAUUAAAAAUUAAUUUAAAUUGGUUAAAAAUGUAUUUUAAAGUAGUAUGAUAAGAGAAAAAUUUGAUUGGGGGGGGGGUGGGGGGCAGAAUUCAUGUAAUAUAAUUACAACACUACCUAGAGAUAUUUGGUAUAGAUCAAAAGCUUAGCCUAUGCAACUAUGCAUAUUUUAUUGGUAUGAUUGACUUAAAUGUCCAGACAUAGGUCUUGAAGAAACUAUUUAUUCUGCUAAACCAUACAAUUUCUUUAAAACACUCAUUUUUAUUGGUCGUCAUUUAAAUUUUUUUGUCCAUCCAAAAUUAUUAUUUAUCUGUUAGUUUUAUAUUUGACCCCUGUCAAACAAAAGUGGAAGGAAUUUUGAGUUAAGCUUAGUAUGAUGAUACAGUAGCAGACCUGGAGCUCCCACUAUAGUACAAUGUGGUCUCAGAAUAGUACUUUACCAUCACAAUAUUUUACAAUACUGUAUUGUAAAAGUGAAUACAUAAACAUACAGUAUAAAUGUAUACAUAUUUAUUUGCAUCACAUGUCUAAUAAAGGUCACUUCUCAAAGUAAGUAGAUGACUGACGUUUAUAUAUUUAUAGACUGUGCAUUAUUACAAAUAAAAUUGUAUCUGUCAUUGCAACUCUGAUAGACGAAGAUAUGGUGGGGGAGAAGAAAUUGAGGACGCCCGCCGAAGUCACCCGAACAAAAGUGGGGUUUGGGGAGGAGACUGAGCCCAGAAUUUUUUUUUUUAUACAUUCAAAGCUAUAGAUGCACGUUAGCAUAUACCCACAUAUAGUUUUGCAUCAUUCUGGACAUAACCAUAGUGCUUGGUAAAAAUAAGGUUCCUCUUACCUAGCUUUUUUUCUUUUUUUGCAUAAAACCUUUUUAAUUUAGUAGUUAAUAAAUACUUUGUUUUUAUGUAUUACUUAUUUCAAUCUAUUUUCAAUCUAUCAUUCCAAAAUGGGGGCAGGUACACAGAAAUGGCUUGUAACGUUCACAAAAAAAUGAUGUAAUAUAGAUAGCAAAAUGAACAUUUACCCAACAAAUUAGAAUAAUCGCAAUUUGAAUGAAGAAAUAAGUUCAUUAAUGAUACAUCUCACGGGCCACAAGAUUUAACGUGGCCAGCUAGGGUUUCCCCAACCCUGUAUUAAGCCUAGGAGCCUGAUUUUUUUUUUCCGUUAACAUAUUGUGGGUAAAAUUACCACAAGCUGUAAUUAGGAGAAUGGGAAGAGAAUUGUUGGAAUAAAACUGGGGUAUUAAAAUUGUACAGCUGCUUUGUGAUUUAUUAAAUAGAUAUCAAAUGCCACUUACUAGAUCUUAUAGAAUAUGUCAAAAUCUAACACUACUGUGCGGAGCAGUUGAGAGUGCAUUUUUUUUUAAAACACUUAGUCUUAGCAUUAAAAUCAUCCACACAAUGUACAUUGUACAUGCAUGUCAAUGUAGCCGAUUUUGAAUGCCAGGCUUGAUUAGACAAAGGGAAUUCCAUAUAUAAAGUAGGCAAAAAACAACAACAUAUUUUCACACCCUUCUCCACCCACCCUGUCAAAUUAAGUGGCAGUCCAUAUAUUACAUAUGCACUGAGGAUUCAUAUGGCUGGGGGGGGGAUGUCACCAGAACCUACACCUAUCCAUACAUUCUACAACAAUUGUCCUGACAGUCUCUAACAGAGCCAUGUGUCACUUAAAAUUCUGUUAUUAAGGAUAUAAAAUAUUGCCACUAUUUUUCGCUAUUAUCAUCAUACUAAUGCUUUGUUUUUUCAUAAAUAGCUGGCUAGAUAUCGAUGUAGUAAUUUUUAGCCUAGCACAACACUAUUCUUUCCAUGCUGGUCACGUAGUUUGGUGACCAACCCUCCCACUCUCAUUGGUGGGGGGAAAAUAUAUUUUUUUAACCUGUUCUCUUAAAAUCGUUGUAUUGACUUGUCUCGGCGUAGAAAUGUGAAAGAAACCUCAAAAUCUUACAUUGAUCGUCAAAAUCAUAAAAGUAAACAGGUCUGCAGUAGGCCUACUACAUAAUUAUGAAACAAACCAGUGAUACAUCCACACAUGUGUUAUUUCAUCAAUAACAAUGUUUAUCAGCAUGAUAAUGAUGAAUUUCAAUAAAUUAAGGAUUUGAAUAAGCCUAAAGUUCCCAAAUUUUUAUUUUAAAAAAUAAAACAAAAAUUGAUAAUGGAAAUAUUACCAUUCCCUGGGAUCAUUCAAUAUUAUUUGCCUAUGAAAACAUUUAUGAGCAUGAUAAUGAUAAAUCAAAAUGAAUAGAAUAAACCUAGGGUUCCAAAAUUUUAAAAAAAUUAAAAUAAAUUGAAUACUAUAAAUAUUACCGUUCCCGUAGUUGUUUUUCCUCAAAUCUAUUACGUUUCUUUAUGCCUAAUGGAAAAUUAAUUAUUGGAAAUAUGGGACAAGUAGGUCAUCAUGCAGUUGUGAGCUGUUUUUGCCAACGAGUGGUCACAUAACAUACCAUGACAGCAAACGUCGUGCGAUAAUGAAUAUCAAAUUGCCUAAAGACAGUCAAUCUGAUUUCUGGUACACAACCGAAAGCAUCAAUCACCUUUUGGCUGAAAGUCUCAAUCACUUUCGGCCGACACCAAAACUAGGCCGAAAGUGAUCAAAUGGCAACUUUCGGCCCUGAAAUCAAAGACGAAAUUUCGUUGGUCUCUAAUGCACAUGGUGGGACUUUUCAGACUGUCAUUUUACCCCGUGCAUACCUUAACUUUCAGACUUUCAUUUUACCCUGUGGCGUACCUUCACUUUCAGACUUUCAUUUUACCCUGUGGUGUACCUUCACUUUCAGACUGUCAUUUUACCCUGUGGUGUACCUUCACUUUCAGACUGUCAUUUUACCCUGUGGCAUACUUUCACUUUCAGACUGUCAUUUUACCCUGUGCCGUACUUUCAGACUGUCAAUUUACCCUGUGGUGUACCUUCACUUUCAGACUGUCAUUUUACCCUGUGGCAUACUUUCACUUUCAGGCUGUCAUUUUACCCUGUGCCGUACUUUCAGACUGUCAUUUUACCCUGUGGCGUACCUUCACUUUCAGACUGUCAUUUUACCUUGUGACAUACCUUCACUUUCAGACUGUCAUUUUACCCUGUGGCAUACCUUCACUUUCAGACUGUCAUUUUACCCUGAGGUACCUUCACUAGACAUCUCCCCACACACAUAUUAUCUAGUGUUGGUAAUUAAGAUAAACAAAUGUGCCAGCUGGGGUGUUUGCCCCUUUCACUCCCCCCCUCCCCCCACGUCCUGGUUUCAACCCUUAAAAGCCUAACUAGAAGCCUAACCUGACUAAAACUCAUUAAAUUGUUCAAUGUGGGGUUUGUAAUAGCAUUAAGAUUUUUAUACUAAUUAGUUGAUUUCAAGAUAAACAUAGUUUUCUUGCAACUGCAGAGUACUUAAAAAUAAGUGGGCUACUAAAACUAAAAAAUCCCAUUAGUGGCAAAUUGAUACAAGUGUUCAAACUGUCUUUUCAUGAACAGUUUCUUUCAUCAAAAAUAGGAUUCUUGUUGUAUUAUUCAUCUCUUCUGUAAAUAUUCUUUCUAUUGAUAUUGCAGCUCUUGCCCUUGUCAUAUCCAACUCUUUUGUAAAUGUUUUUUUUUUUUUGUUGUGUUUUUGCUUCAAAAAACUUCAUUGAAGCUUGCAGCUGUUAUUGGUAUUGUCACCAUAAUUCACACUGCUACAUACAUAUUUGGAAAAAGAGCCACCAACCUGAUUCAAGGUAGUCUAAUACUAACUGACCUCAGGGGAUUCAUAUUUCUGUUACUCUUCUUGAUAAAGCAAAUAAAUAAAUCAUCAUACAUUCCUGUUGCAGUGAUUUCCUUUGUAAAUUUUCUUUUUUAAAAAUCAAAUUUCCCUAGUCUGAGUGAAGUUUUGUGCUCUGGGCAAGGGUACACUUAUUCUUCUUAUCUAAAAUGAUACAGUUAUUGCAAGAGAGGGCUUUGUAGUUGUUUUUUUAAUAUUUUUUUUUAAAUCUUUUGUUUUGCUGGAGUUAACAACCCCUUGAAAAACAGCACCCUAGGCAUCCACUUCUAUCAACUAACCCUAAAGCCACAGCUGACACCCUAGGCAUCCACUUCUAUCAACUAACCCUAAAGCCACAGCUGACACCCUAGGCAUCCACUUCUAUCAACUAACCCUAAAGCCACAGCUGACACCCUAGGCAUCCACUUCUAUCAACUAACCCUAAAGCCACAGCUGACACCCUAGGCAUCCACUUCUAUCAACUAACCCUAAAGCCACAGCUGACACCCUAGGCAUCCACUUCUAUCAACUAACCCUAAAGCCACAGCUGACACCCUAGGCAUCCACUUCUAUCAACUAACCCUAAAGCCACAGCUGAAUGAAUGAAUAUGUCAAAUAUGUUAUAACUCACUUAAAGCUUCACUGUUAAAUACAGUUAUUUGUCUCUGGUAGUUUGCCAAUGUUUAUCUGGAAAUGUUGUCAGUCUCAUGGAAUGUUCCUUUCUUUCAUCAGACUGGUGGUAGUUUACCUAUCCUGACUUGGAAUAGUAGUAUGUCUCAUGUCUACACAAAAGCCGGAACCUAUAAAGUAACCUUUGAAGCCAUCAAUUCUAUUAGUGCUGUUUACAAGGAAUAUUCAAUCCAAGUGUUUGGUAAGAUUAUUGAACAUUCUACUCUACAAGGUGUUCAAUAAGAUUUGAUUUUUUGACUGCCCUCAUGUCUCCCUUAUACAUUUCUGUCAUCUUAACUGCCCUCAUGUCUCCCUUACACAUUUCUGUCAUCUUGACUGCCCUCAUGUCUCCCUCGUGUCUCCCUUAUACAUUUCUGUCAUCUUAACUGCCCUCAUGUCUACCUCAUGUCUCCCUUACACAUUUCUGUCAUCUUGACUGCCCUCAUGUCUCCCUUAUACAUUUCUGUCAUCUUAACUGCACUCAUGUCUCCCUUACACAUUUCUGUCAUCUUAACUGCCCUCAUGUCUCCCUCAUGUCUCUCUUACACAUUUCUGUCAUCUUGACUGCCCUAAUAUCUCCCUCACACAUUUCUGACAUAUUGACUGCCCUCAUGUCUCCCUUUUACAUUUCUAUCAUCUUGACUGCCCUCAUGUCUCCCUUAUACAUUUCUGUCAUCUUAACUGCCCUCAUGUCCCCCUUACACAUUUCUGUCAUCUUGACUACCUUCAUAUCUCCCUCAAACAUUUCUGUCAUCUUGACUGCCCUCAAGUCUCCCUCACACAUUUCUGUCAUCUUGACUUCCCUCAUGUCUCUAUCACAUAUUUCUGUCAUCUUGACUGCCCUCAUGUCUCCCUUACACAUUUCUGUCAUCUUAACUGCCCUCAUGUCUACCUCAUGUCUCCCUUACACAUUUCUGUCAUCUUAACUGCCCUCAUGUCUCCCACAUGUCUCCCUUACACAUUUCUGUCACCUUGACUGCCCCCAUGUCUCCCUUGUACAUUUCUGUCAUCUUGACUGCCCUCAACUCUCCCUUAUACAUUUCUGUCAUCUUGACUGCCCUCAUAUCUCCCUCACACAUUUCUGUCAUCUUGACUGCCCUCAUGUCUACCUCAUGUCUCCCUUACACAUUUCUGUCAUCUUGAUUGCCCUCAUGUCUCCCUUAUACAUUUCUGUCAUCUUAACUGCCCUCAUGUCUACCUCAUGUAUCCCUUACACAUUUCUGUCAUCUUGAUUGCCCUCAUGUCUCCCUUAUACAUUUCUGUCAUCUUAACUGCCCUCAUGUCUACCUCAUGUAUCCCUUAUACAUUUCUGUCAUCUUGACUGCCCUCAUAUCUCCCUCACACAUUUCUGUCAUCUUGACUGCCCUCAUGUCUCCCUUACACAUUUCUAUCAUCUUAUCUGCCCUCAUGUCUCCCUUACACAUUUCUGUCAUCUUGACUGCCCUAAUAUCUCCCUUACACAUUUCUAUCAUCUUGACUGCCCUCAUGUCUCCCUUACACAUUUCUCACAAUCACAGUCGUCCAAUGGGUUUUGUCUCUCUGCCAGUUCUCCUUAACCUUAUAACACUAGAGUGCAUUUUUCUUUAGUGUCAAGACAUUUAAGCAUUUUCAUAUGCUUGUCAAAAAUGAUAAAAUCACAGCCUAAAUGAAUUCAGAGUCCCAUACAAGUAGACAUUUUCUGAAAGUACAUUGGACAAGAUAUCUUAUAGAAUGAAAAGAAUUUGUUUUUAUAUUAUGUUUGUUGAUGUUGACCCAACCUUUACAGAGUAAGUAAAAUUUUACUACUCAACUUCUGAUUUCAUUCAAGCCAACCUAACACUCCAUUAAUUUUUCAAACUAUCAUAAAAUUAAGUUUUUGAGAUACUAACAGCAAUAUUCUUUCAGAAAAUGUCAUGUUAUAGUUACUUGUAUUGAAUAUUGUGAUAUUGGUGAAUUAGUUUCAUUCACUACCUUCAAAUUUAUGUCUUAAAAAAUACAAAUGAAGUUAGUAAUUUAUUUUUAUUAUUAAUUAAUACACCAGAACAUAUACAAACAUAACUAUAUUUGAAUCUCUUUAGGGUAGGUCUUUGGGAUCCAAUCUUUGUCUUUGAUUGCCACCCUUUCCCAAACAAAUUUGUAACAAUAGGACUAAGGCUAGGGCUAAAAUUGUCAAUAUCUGACUCCUAUGUUGCCAUCAGCACUAGAGCUAAUACUGUACUGUAAUUACUACCACAUUGAAUAGCUCUGAAAUCAUUGCUUUCAUUUUGAUUAAUUUGAAAUAAUUCCAAUAGAGAAAUUCUGUAUUGAUUUUGCAAUCUUGAGGGGACCCUUUCCAGUAUCAGCCAUUUUGGUGGUAAAAACAUUGAGAAAAUUUCACAUCCCUCAUGUCAUCACACACACAAAAAAAGUCCUAAUAAAGCACGUUAACACACAGAUAGAAACGGAAGCAGGAAGCCAAUUCAUUUAUGUAUUGGAAUUUUCCCUUAAUCAAUAUACAUUAAAUCAUUUGCAUUUAAUGAGCUGCCGCUUAGAUAUUGCUUUGACACCACAGAAAGGGGUAUAACGGCUGAUAAUCAGUCGUUAUGACAGUUAUAGGGUUAAAGCAAUAUUUUUUCAAUAAAUAGAAAUGUUCCCAGUAAAGUAAUAUUUUCUAAAGAUAUAUACACAUUUUUUUGUAUCCCCUAAUAUUUUAUUACUGAAAAAAUGUUUUUAAAUUGUUUGAAGUUCAAAGAAUGUUUUAAAAUUAAACACUUUUGAGACUGGGACUUUUUGGAGUGUUGGUGCCAAAAGGCAGAGCCCUUUUUACAAGCUUGGGACUUAUAUUGCAUAAAAAAUUUAUAAAUAAAUAUAAAUAAACUAAUUACUUUAUAAAUAAAAGAAACUAUAUAUAUUUUGUAGGGAAUUGAAUAAACUAAUAUGAUCUUUAUGAAUCAAACUGAAAUCUCAACAUUUAUGCUAAUGAGAUAGGUUGAUUUACGUAAUUUUGUUAAAUUUUGUGAUAGUUGAAGCCUAAAUAAGUCCUAAUGUGUAGAUGCAGUGUGAAAAACUACCUUAAAUAUUCCCCUGGGGAGCUUGUGCCUUUUGACAUAUUUUAAGGUCACAUAUUUUUAAAGAAUUUUUACGGGUCACUAGAUAAAAAAAAAUUAAUAUAAAAUGACAGAAAACCGUAAAAUAUAAAUUCAGGCGUCAUUAAAAUGGCUAGAUGAGCAAGAUAUGCAAGAAGCAAUCUGAUAAGCUGGACAAAGACCAGCCAGCCAAUCUCGAGGCUUGAAUUAUCAGGCCGAUAGAUUGGCCUUUUGUCUUUUUUGCCAUUCAAACCUGUUCCAAUAGAUCAGCCCAGCCGCCCAAGAUAGUUAAAAAAACGCUUAUUCUGGUAUUAAGUGUUGCCAUGCAUUAAGUGGGCCAUGCAUUAAGUGUACCAUGCAUUAAGUGGACCAUGCAUUAAGUGGACCAUGCAUUAAGUGGGCCAUGCAUUAAGUGGGCCAUGCAUUAAGUGGACCAUGCAUUAAGUGGACCAUGCAUUAAGUGGGUCUUGCAUUAAGUGCACCAUGCAUUAAAUGGACCAUGCAUUAAAUGGACCAUGCAUUAAAUGGACCAUGCAUUAAAUGGACCAUGCAUUAAGUGGGUCAUGCAUUAAGUGGGCCAUGCAUUAAGUGGGUCUUGCAUGAAGUGGGCCAUGAAUUAAAGUUGGCCUUGCAUAAAGUGGGCCUUGCAUAAAGUGGGCCCCUUUCUUUCUUUGUACUUUUUAGAAAAUCAUAUGAUAACAUUUUCUUUUUGUGGGUGCAUCACCCACUGGUCAUUGCCAAGCGAUGCUCUGGGAGCACUAGCGAUGCUCUGGGAGUACUAGUGAUGGUUUUUUGAGUGCUAGUGAUGCUUUGGGGGUACUAGCGACGCUCUGUGUGUACUAACGAUGCUCUGGGAGUGCUAGUGAUGCUUUGGGGGUACUAGCGACGCUCUGGGGGUACUAGUGAUGCUUUGGGGGUACUAGUGAUGCUUUGGGGGUACUAGUGAUGCUUUGGGGAUACUAGUGAUGCUUUGGGGGUACUAGUGAUGCUUUGGGGGUACUAGUGAUGCUUUGGGAGUACUAGUGAUGCUUUGGGGAUACUAGUGAUGCUUUGGGGGUACUAGUGAUGCUCUGUGGGUACUAACGAUGCUCUGGGAGUGCUAGUGAUGCUUUGGGGGUACUAGCGACGCUCUGUGGGUACUAACGAUGCUCUGUGGGUACUAACGAUGCUCUGGGAGUACUAGUGAUGCUUUGGGGGUACCAGCGACGCUCUGUGGGUACUAACGAUGCUCUGGGAGUACUAGUGAUGCUUUGGGGGUACUAGCGACGCUCUGUGGGUACUAACGAUGCUCUGGGAGUACUAGUGAUGCUUUGGGGGUACUAGCGACGCUCUGUGGGUACUAACGAUGCUCUGGGAGUUGGGAGUACUAGUGAUGCUUUGGGGGUACUAGCGACGCUCUGUGGGUACUAACGAUGCUCUGGGAGUACUAGUGAUGCUUUGGGGGUACUAGCGACGCUCUGUGGGUACUAACGAUGCUCUGGGAGUACUAGUGAUGCUUUGGGGGUACUAACGAUGCUCUGGGAGUACUAGUGAUGGUUUGUGGGUACUAACGAUGCUUUGGGGGUACUAGCGACGCUUUGGGGGUACUAGUGAUGGUUUGUGGGUACUAGCGAUGCUCUGGGAGUACUAGUGAUGCUCUGUGGGUACUAACGAUGCUCUGGGAGUACUAGUGAUGCUCUGUGGGUACUAACGAUGCUCUGGGAGUACUAGUGAUGCUCUGUGGGUACUAACGAUGCUCUGGGAGUACUAGUGAUGCUUUGGGGGUACUAGCGACGCUUUGGGGGUACUAGUGAUGGUUUGUGGGUACUAGCGAUGCUCUGGGAGUACUAGCGAUGCUCUGGGAGUACUAGCGAUGCUCUGGGAGUACUAGUGAUGCUUUGGGGGGUACUAGCGACUCUCUGUGGUUACUAGCGAUGCGCUGGGAGUACUAGUUAUGCUCUGGGGGUACUAGUGAUGCUCUGGGGGUACUAGCGAUGCGCUGGGAGUACUAGUGAUGUUUUGGAAGUACUAGUGAUGCUUUGGGAAUAUAUCCUGUGUUUAUAUGAACAUUGUGUCCUAUUUGAUUGUUAAUAUUUUUAAAAAUUAUUACUAAAUUUGACUAAUGUUUUACAUUUCUACAUCAAAAUAUCCGUUACAUAUUCAUUAAUCAACAGAUCAAGUCGAUAUUCUGGUGCUGAAAUUCAGUGACAACGUAGCUAUGUACAAUAUGAGUGAUGUGUUGGUUGCACAGCUGUUCACUCAGAGGGUCAGACAACAAUUAGCAGAGGUAUGUUAUUCUCAAAGUCUCAAGUAUUUAACUGAACAAACAUGUCACCUUUUUUAUAUCAAAAUGUUUCUUGAGCAUGCUAUUUCUUUAACUUUUCUUACAUUGUUUAGUUCAGAGUGAAUGCCUGCAAUGAUCUAAAAUGAAUGGAAGAAUAUACUUAAGCUUGGUGUAGCCUUUUGUCACUGACGUAGCCUUGUGUCACAUAAGUUGCCUUUUGUCACUGACGUAGCCUUUUGUCACUGAUGUAGCCUUUUGUCACUGAUGUAGCCUUUUGUCACUGACGUAGCCUUUUGUCACUGACAUAACCUUGUGUCACUGACGUAGCCUUGUGUCACAUAAGUAGCCUAAUGUCACUGAAUUAGCAGUUACCACAUACCUAAGAUAAAUACCUACCAUAUAAACAAUACAUUUACAUCUUACUUUGGGGUCCAAAUAACUAUCUACAAUCAUAAUUUCAAGUAAACUAUUCAUCUAAACAAAAUUGAUAGAGUUGAUUGCUAACAGCUAUUACAACUAAAUCUUGAUUUUUCUCCUCUGAACAAACUCACUGCCAACAUUCAUCUUUCUCCUCUGAACAAACUCACUGCCAACAUUCAUCUUUCUCCUCUGAACAAACUCACUGCCAACAUUCAUCUUUCUCCACCAAUCAAACUCAAUGCCAACAUUCAUCUUUCUCCUCUGAACAAACUCACUGCCAACAUUCAUCUUUCUCCACCAAUCAAACUCACUGCCAACAUUCAUCUUUCUCAUCUGAACAAACUCACUGCCAACAUUCAUCUUUCUCAUCUGAACAAACUCACUGCCAACAUUCAUCUUUCUCCACCAAACAAACUCACUGCCAACAUUCAUCUUUCUCAUCUGAACAAACUCACUGCCAACAUUCAUCUUUCUCAUCUGAACAAACUCACUGCCAACAUUCAUCUUUCUCAUCUGAACAAACUCACUGCCAACAUUCAUCUUUCUCAUCUGAACAAACUCACUGCCAACAUUCAUCUUUCUCAUCUGAACAAACUCACUGCCAACAUUCAUCUUUCUCAUCUGAACAAACUCACUGCCAACAUUCAUCUUUCUCAUCUGAACAAACUCACUGCCAACAUUCAUCUUUCUCAUCUGAACAAACUCACUGCCAACAUUCAUCUUUCUCAUCUGAACAAACUCACUGCCAACAUUCAUCUUUCUCAUCUGAACAAACUCACUGCCAACAUUCAUCUUUCUCAUCUGAACAAACUCACUGCCAACAUUCAUCUUUCUCAUCUGAACAAACUCACUGCCAACAUUCAUCUUUCUCAUCUGAACAAACUCACUGCCAACAUUCAUCUUUCUCAUCUGAACAAACUCACUGCCAACAUUCAUCUUUCUCAUCUGAACAAACUCACUGCCAACAUUCAUCUUUCUCAUCUGAACAAACUCACUGCCAACAUUCAUCUUUCUCAUCUGAACAAACUCACUGCCAACAUUCAUCUUUCUCAUCUGAACAAACUCACUGCCAACAUUCAUCUUUCUCAUCUGAACAAACUCACUGCCAACAUUCAUCUUUCUCAUCUGAACAAACUCACUGCCAACAUUCAUCUUUCUCAUCUGAACAAACUCACUGCCAACAUUCAUCUUUCUCAUCUGAACAAACUCACUGCCAACAUUCAUCUUUCUCAUCUGAACAAACUCACUGCCAACAUUCAUCUUUCUCAUCUGAACAAACUCACUGCCAACAUUCAUCUUUCUCAUCUGAACAAACUCACUGCCAACAUUCAUCUUUCUCAUCUGAACAAACUCACUGCCAACAUUCAUCUUUCUCAUCUGAACAAACUCACUGCCAACAUUCAUCUUUCUCAUCUGAACAAACUCACUGCCAACAUUCACCUUUCUCAUCUGAACAAACUCACUGCCAACAUUCAUCUUUCUCAUCUGAACAAACUCACUGCCAACAUUCAUCUUUCUCAUCUGAACAAACUCACUGCCAACAUUCAUCUUUCUCAUCUGAACAAACUCAAUGCCAACAUUCAUCUUUCUCAUCUGAACAAACUCACUGCCAACAUUCACCUUUCUCCUCUGAACAAACUCACUGCCAACAUUCAUCUUUCUCAUCUGAACAAACUCACUGCCAACAUUCAUCUUUCUCCUCUGAACAAACUCACUGCCAACAUUCACCUUUCUCCUCUGAACAAACUCACUGCCAACAUUCAUCUUUCUCAUCUGAACAAACUCACUGCCAACAUUCAUCUUUCUCAUCUGAACAAACUCACUGCCAACAUUCAUCUUUCUCCACCAAACAAACUCACUGCCAACAUUCAUCUUUCUCAUCUGAACAAACUCACUGCCAACAUUCACCUUUCUCAUCUGAACAAACUCACUGCCAACAUUCAUCUUUCUCAUCUGAACAAACUCACUGCCAACAUUCAUCUUUCUCAUCUGAACAAACUCACUGCCAACAUUCAUCUUUCUCAUCUGAACAAACUCACUGCCAACAUUCAUCUUUCUCAUCUGAACAAACUCACUGCCAACAUUCAUCUUUCUCAUCUGAACAAACUCACUGCCAACAUUCAUCUUUCUCAUCUGAACAAACUCACUGCCAACAUUCAUCUUUCUCAUCUGAACAAACUCACUGCCAACAUUCAUCUUUCUCAUCUGAACAAACUCACUGCCAACAUUCAUCUUUCUCAUCUGAACAAACUCACUGCCAACAUUCAUCUUUCUCAUCUGAACAAACUCACUGCCAACAUUCAUCUUUCUCAUCUGAACAAACUCACUGCCAACAUUCAUCUUUCUCAUCUGAACAAACUCACUGCCAACAUUCAUCUUUCUCAUCUGAACAAACUCACUGCCAACAUUCAUCUUUCUCAUCUGAACAAACUCACUGCCAACAUUCAUCUUUCUCCACCAAACAAACUCACUGCCAACAUUCAUCUUUCUCCACCAAACAAACUCACUGCCAACAUUCAUCUUUCUCCACCAAACAAACUCACUGCCAACAUUCAUCUUUCUCCACCAAACAAACUCACUGCCAACAUUCAUCUUUCUCCACCAAACAAACUCACUGCCAACAUUCAUCUUUCUCCACCAAACAAACUCACUGCCAACAUUCACCUUUCUCCUCUGAACAAACUCACUGCCAACAUUCAUCUUUCUCAUCUGAACAAACUCACUGCCAACAUUCACCUUUCUCCACCAAUCAAACUCACUGCCAACAUUCAUCUUUCUCCACCAAACAAACUCACUGCCAAGAUUCACCUUUCUCCACUGAAAAAUCUCACUGCCAACAUUCAUCUUUCUCCACUGAACAAACUCACUGCCAAGAUUCACCUUUCUCCACUGAAAAAUCUCACUGCCAACAUUCAUCUUUCUCCUCUGAACAAACUCACUGCCAACAUUCAUCUUUCUCAUCUGAACAAACUCACUGCCAACAUUCACCUUUCUCCACCAAUCAAACUCACUGCCAACAUUCAUCUUUCUCCUCUGAACAAACUCACUGCCAACAUUCACCUUUCUCCUCUGAACAAACUCACUGCCAACAUUCAUCUUUCUCAUCUGAACAAACUCACUGCCAACAUUCAUCUUUCUCAUCUGAACAAACUCACUGCCAACAUUCAUCUUUCUCCACCAAACAAACUCACUGCCAACAUUCACCUUUCUCCUCUGAACAAACUCACUGCCAACAUUCAUCUUUCUCAUCUGAACAAACUCACUGCCAACAUUCACCUUUCUCCACCAAUCAAACUCACUGCCAACAUUCAUCUUUCUCCACCAAACAAACUCACUGCCAAGAUUCACCUUUCUCCACUGAAAAAUCUCACUGCCAACAUUCAUCUUUCUCCACUGAACAAACUCACUGCCAAGAUUCACCUUUCUCCACUGAAAAAACUCACUGCCAACAUUCUCCUUUUUCUUUUUUAAAUCCUGAUACAAUAACAAAUACACCGCAUGAUACUGCAUGCAUACAUGAACAAAUUUCAAACUUUAAAAUAAACAUGGUCAACACAUCACCACAACUUGGUUUGGGUUGACCCUCAAAUAUUAACUUUGCCAAUGUUUUGUCUUUUCAGGACAUUGGAGUGAGGCUAGACCGCUUGGAGGCUGUACUUGUCAGCUUGAAUCCAGUAGCCGUACACCUCUACAUAUUUCCCUCAACACAACAGGUGGAUGUCAAUGUAACUCAGGUAAACAAAGACAUACUCGCAGUUUUUGCCAUGUUCAUCUCAGGUAAACAAAGUCAUACUCCCAGUUUUUGCCAUGUUCAGUCCUUGAUUACACUUUUUUGACAAUGAAUAGACAUCUUGGGAUAUCACAGAUGGCUGCUAGGAUUGAUGAGGUUACAUACGUCUUGUAGGCACAAAUUAGACCCACAAAAGCACCAUACCAAAUGUCUUAAGUUUUUAAACAGCCAAAGCAUUGGAGUUAUAAAAGGAAGGGAAAUUUUUUUUUUACAAUUUCUUGCAAAUUAUUUAAUGUAUUAUUUAGUUAGCAUGUAGUCCUUUGUUUUCACAGAAAUCUUUCACCAACUUGAGUUUGAGAUGUAAUUACUAUGAUAAAAAAUACUUUACUUUUAAAUUUAAAGCCAAUUUUGUUUGAUGUAGAUGUCAAUUUAAUAAAUAAAGGAAGACACAACUCAACCCUUUUUUUUAUAUCAGAGAUUCAAAUACUUUAAUCACUUCAUUGAUAUUUUCCAUCGCUUUAAGAUAUUAUCCAUCAAGUUAAGAAUUUAAUGAGCAGUGAAGUAGUUAAUUACUGAGUAAUACAUUUUAAAAACUCUCUAUUUUCAUUAUAAGACUCCAUAUUAAUGGAUAAACUUCAAUUAAUUUAUUUUUCAAUUAUGGAACUUGUAACCAUGUUUUACAUUGUUAAUGUGAUUAUCUACCUCAAAGGGUCAACAUCGAGCUUGGUGUGGUGGGUGUAGGUUGGGGGCAGGGCUAAGGUUAACUUCAUAGAAACAAGAGCGUCCAUAAAAAGUGUGAUACUGAACUAAAUGAUCAGUUUGGUCAAUAAAAUAACCAGUAUAAGUUAUCCCUUGUAAUGAAAGGAAAUAUUUUGUAUAAGCUGCUAUCACACUUGACAUUCUUUAGUGAGUUCAAUAAAUAAAAUGUCUUGUAUAAGCUGCUAUCACACUUGACAUUCUUUAGUGAGUUCAAUAGAACAUUUGGCACAUACCUUUUCAUCAUACAAAUGUGGAUAAAUAAAUGUUCUUAUAAUUCUUAAUGCAGGUGAAAGCAGUUGUUUAUGAGCAAGUGGAAAAAGGUGUUCUUGGAAUAAACCUUUUUGUGAAAACAUAUGACUCUGAUAAUAUUGUCAAGAUUGUUUCUGCUACUGACUUAACAGGUACAUCAAUUUUCUUGACUGGCUUUUACAAAAUGUACAUGUGUACCUUUAACCCUAUGACUGCCGAGUGUCAAGCCAUUUUCACAUUUCAAUGUACUUGUCUAAAAUGACAAAUUCCCAUACAAAUUGAAUUCAGAGACCAUUACAUGUAUACAUUGUCUGGAAAGAAAUUGGAUAACAGAUAAGGAAUCAAAUAGUAUGACAAAGAAUUGACCUUGACAUUUACAUUGUGAGGAAAAUUGUAAUACUCAAUUGCUGCAUUCAACCCACCCCAAUUGCACUAUUUUGUUCAAUCUAUCAUUACAUCAGGGUUUUUUUUAAUACUAUUACAUGAACUUGACAAUUUUAGGAACUUCAAAUCAGUUUAGGACUAUUUCAUGAACUUUUGACAUUUAGGAACAUCAGAUUAGGACUAUUUCAUGAAUUUAUGACAUUUUAGGAACCAGAUUAGGGCUAUUUCAUGAAUUUAUGACAUUUUAGGAACCAGAUUAGGGCUAUUACAUGAACUUAUGACAUUUUAGGAACAUUAGAUUAGGACUAUUUCAUGAAUUUAUGACAUUUUAGGAACCAGAUUAGGACUAUUUCAUGAAUUUAUGACAUUUUAGGAACCAGAUUAGGGCUAUUUCAUGAAUUUAUGACAUUUUAGGAACACCAGAUUUGGACUAUUUCAUGAACUUAUGACAUUUUAGGAACCAGAUUUGGACUAUUUCAUGAAUUUAUGACAUUUUAGGAACCAGACUAGGGCUAUUGCAUGAACUUAUGACAUUUUAGGAACACCAGAUUUGGACUAUUUCAUGAACUUAUGACAUUUUAGGAACCAGAUUUGGACUAUUUCAUGAAUUUAUGACAUUUUAGGAACCAGAUUAGGACUAUUUCAUGAAUUUAUGACAUUUUAGGAACCAGAUUAGGGCUAUUACAUGAACUUGUGACAUUAUAGGAACUUCAAGAAAAAUAAAUGAAACAUGAAUAAAUGUCAUAGAUAGAAGGAACAUGAGAUAAAAGUCAACAGACCUACCAGGGAACAUGAGAUAAAAGUCAACAGACCUACCAGGGAACAUGAGAUAAAAGUCAACAGACCUACCAGGGAACAUGAGAUAAAAGUCAACAGACCUACCAGGGAACAUGAGAUAAAAUCAACAGACCUACCAGGGAACAUGAGAUAAAAGUCAACAGACCUACCAGGGAACAUGAGAUAAAAUCAACAUACCUACCAGGGAACAUGAGAUAAAAGUCAACAGACCUACCAAGGAACAUGAGAUAAAAGUCAACAGACCUACCAGGGAACAUGAGAUGAAGUCAACAGACCUACCAGGGAACAUGAGAUAAAAUCAACAGACCUACCAUGGAACAUGAGAUAACAAAUCAACAGACCUACCAGGGAACAUGAGAUAAAAUCAACAUACCUAUCAGGGAACAUGAGAUAAAAGUCAACAGACCUACCAGGGAACAUGAGAUCAAAUCAACAUACCUACCAGGGAACAUGAGAUAAAAGUCAACAGACCUACCAGGGAACAUGAGAUAAAAGUCAACAGACCUACCAGGGAACAUGAAAUAAAAGUCAACAUACCUACCAAGGAACAUGAGAUAAAAUCAACAUACCUAUCAGGGAACAUGAGAUAAAAGUCAACAGACCUACCAGGGAACAUGAGAUAAAAGUCAACAGACCUACCAGGGAACAUGAGAUAAAAGUCAAAAGACCUACCAGGGAACAUGAGAUAAAAGUCAUCAGACCUACCAGGGAACAUGAGAUAAAAGUCAACAUACCUACCAGGGAACAUGAAAUAAAAGUCAACAUACCUACCAAGGAACAUGAGAUAAAAGUCAACAGACCUACCAGGGAACAUGAGAUCAAAUCAACAUACCUACCAGGGAACAUGAGAUAAAAGUCAACAGACCUACCAGGGAACAUGAGAUAAAAGUCAACAGACCUACCAGGGAACAUGAAAUAAAAGUCAACAUACCUACCAAGGAACAUGAGAUAAAAUCAACAUACCUAUCAGGGAACAUGAGAUAAAAGUCAACAGACCUACCAGGGAACAUGAGAUAAAAGUCAACAGACCUACCAGGGAACAUGAGAUAAAAGUCAAAAGACCUACCAGGGAACAUGAGAUAAAAGUCAUCAGACCUACCAGGGAACAUGAGAUAAAAGUCAACAGACCUACCAGGGAACAUGAGAUAAAAGUCAACAGACCUACCAAGGAACAUGAGAUAAAAGUCAACAGACCUACCAGGGAACAUGAGAUGAAAGUCAUCAGACCUACCAAGGCAAAUCCUAAUUUAAGUAACGAAAUUAUAAUUUCGUUUGAACCGUUUUUUUAUCGAUCGUUCAGAGCAACUAUAGAUGUACAGAUAGUCAGAGCAACUAUUGGCAUAUGUGUCAUUCAGAGCAACUAUUGGUCUAUAUGUUGUUAAGAGUAACUAUUGGCCUAUGUGUCGAUCAGAUCAACUAUUGGCCUAUGUGUCGUUCAGAGCAACUAUUGGCCAAUGUGUCAUUCAGAGCAACUAUUGAUCUAUGUGUCGUUCAGAGCAACUAUUGGCCUAUGUGUCUUUCAGAGCAACUAUUGGACUAUGUGUUGUUCAGAGCAACUAUUAGCCUAUGUGUUGAUCAGAGCAACUAUUGGCCUAUGUGUUGUUCAGAGCAGCUAUUGAUCUAUGUGUCGUUCAGAGUAACUAUUGGUCUUCUGGUUCAAUUUCAAGCGACUGUUGUUGUUGUCAGUCGGUACUCGACCAUGACCACUUUAAUCAUCAGAUUUGUACUAGUUCUGUCUGAGGGUGGGCAGAUAACUAAUGAGGCCGAUUCUGGCACAAAAUUUUACUGUGCAGUAGCUGCGGAGGAAUGAUGGGGCAUCUCUGGGACCAGAGUCAGACGGGGCCUUCCUGGCAUGUCUCUUGCUCUCUGCAGCCACUGCUCUGCUAAAUUCAUGUUGCAUGGUGCUCCUGUGUAAAGUGGAACGGCGUGAUGUUCGUUCCUUUGCUUUUUCCUUUCAUGUGUCUGGGUUUAUGUCAAACUCUUUCAGUGAGGCUUUUAGGUCGUCUUUAAAAUGUUUCUUCUGCCCGCCAGCAGACCACUUUCUUUGUUCGGGCUAAAACUAUUGGCUUAUGGUCAGUCAGAGCAACUAUUGGCUUACGGUCUGUCAGAGCAACUAUUGGCUUAUGGUCAGUCAGAGCAACUAUUGGCUUAUGGUCAGUCAGAGCAACUAUUGGCUUAUGGUCAGUCAGAGCAACUAUUGGCUUAUGGUCAGUCAAAGCAACUAUUGGCUUAUGGUCAGUCAGAGCAACUAAAGCUUAUUGGUUAUUCAGAGAAACUGUAUGCCUAUGUAUGUUUACUUUGAAGUUUCCACAAUAAAAAUCUCCAUUAUAAACAGGGGGGGGGGGGGUUAGGGUCAGCUUGACAUACAAGCAAAAAAGGCUAAAAGAAAAANCAACUAUUGGCUUAUGGUCAGUCAAAGCAACUAUUGGCUUAUGGUCAGUCAGAGCAACUAAAGCUUAUUGGUUAUUCAGAGAAACUGUAUGCCUAUGUAUGUUUACUUUGAAGUUUCCACAAUAAAAAUCUCCAUUAUAAACAGGGGGGGGGGGGUUAGGGUCAGCUUGACAUACAAGCAAACAGAGCUAAAAGAAAAAUGUUGAUGAAACAUGUCAAGAAAUUAAUUUAGAAUCUCUUGGAAUCAAUGGUCAUGUAUCAGAUGAUGGAGCAAACCAAAGAAUUUAUCAGGAGUCUAUGGAAAUUGAUGUCAAAGCUGAAAUGAAUUAGCUUAAACAGACUUAAAAAUAUACAUAACGGUUCGUUGGUUUAUAGUGCUGAACUGAGCUGCAUAUGAGAAGAGUUGACAUCAUUAGUAAGUUAGGCAGGUCUAGGCUAAAUGAGACAAAAACAGGGUAUUCGGUUUUACUUUGGUGUCCUUGGUCUUUUUUUUUAUUUUUUUAUUGGUCGUCAUAACCCUUAAUGGGCCUUAUAUUUAAUAUUAAUAAAAUACUAAGACCCAAACAGAGAAAGCAAUACAGUGGACACAAAUUGAGGGGAACAAGCCAAACAGAGAUAGCAAUACAGUGGACACAAAUUGAGUGGAACAAGCCAAACAGAAAAAGCAAUACAGUGGACACAAAUUGAGGGGAACAAGCCAAACAGAGAUAGCAAUACAGUGGACACAAAUUGAGGGGAACAAGCCAAACAGAGAUAGCAAUACAGUGGACACAAAUUGAGGGGAACAAGCCAAACAGAGAUAGCAAUACAGUGGACACAAAUUGAGGGGAACAAGCCAAACAGAGAUAGCAAUACAGUGGACACAAAUUGAGGGGAACAAGCCAAACAGAGAAAGCAAUACAGUGGACACAAAUUGAGGGGAACAAGCCAAACAGAGAUAGCAAUACAGUGGACACAAAUUGAGGGGAACAAGCCAAACAGAGAUAGCAAUACAGUGGACACAAAUUGAGGGGAACAAGCCAAACAGAGAUAGCAAUACAGUGGACACAAAUUGAGGGGAAACAACUUCAAAAAAUUUCACCAAACACUCAAAAUUUCACUCAAAACAAAGUUCUUCUGGGUGUGAACUUCCGUUUUUUGUUUGAAAUUGUAUUAAGUGGAAACAGCAUUAAAUAUGUAAAGUAUGGUAGGAAGGUCUGAGUCAAAGACAUUUUUUAAUGCAAAAAGCAGAUUUUUGCAGUUAGAAAGAAGAUUAUUUCUUCUGCAUGAAACAAGAUAUUUUAUUUUUAUUGUAUUUUAAAAUUUAAAACUUUAAAAGGGUUGAUAAACAUCAAGCCUAAAUUUUAUACAAAUAUAAAAAAUAUCAUUUUUUUAUACAAUUAGGUCACCCCAAUUCUACAGAUGGAGUUUCUGAAGGGAUUAAUAUGAAGCCAAUCUACAUUGCAGUUCCAGUGUUGGUCUUAGCCCUCAUUGUGUCAGGCGUAUCAUUGAUGUAUUGUAGAAAGUGAGUUAAGAAUCAAAGCAUAUCAUUAUCACACACAUAUAGAUUGGACGACUGAGAUCAUAAUAAUUAUACUAACUUUUUGAAAAAAUUAAAAAUUUUAUUCACUGAGUUCAAUUAAAAACAAUUUGUUUUCCAGUAUCUUAUUAUGAAUUAAUAUAUAUAUAUAAAUAUAUAUAUAUAUAUCACAAAGAUAACUAUUUUUAUAUUUUACCUCCCUUGUUAUUGUCCCUUGUUUUUACACUCAAUCUUUCUCAGCUUUCAACAUUUUUCUUUUCAUGCUCACUGAAGUUAGAGGAUUUUUAUCUGUUGUGGAUGGGGCAUUGGUGAAAAAUAUCAAGGUUUUCCAAAUUGCAUAGGAUGUUACUUCCUAGUCUGUUAAUUGUUGAUAAUAGAAGCAUAUUUUCUGAAGUGCUGAGCUGUGCAAAACAUGAGGUGGUUCUGUCUCAUGUGGACCACGCUGAAUAGUUACACAUCCUCAUCUGGAUGUAAUAUCAUAGAUUCUUGUCAUGAAUAUUUAUAAAGCCCAAAAUGAGCUUUUACAAAUUUAAAGGAACUGACAUAAUGUUAUUUUCAUUGAUGGACAGAAAGGUGCACAGCAUCCGACAGUACAACAUGUUACAUACACAGGAUGACUCUGAUGCCAUGUUAGAUGACGAUGAGGCACCACUGGACUUAAAUGUAGAUUUUGGCAUCAGAGAGAGUUCAAGGGAUGACAACAUGUUGGAGAACACUGGUAAGGUGUUAGCACACUUUAGAUUUGUAACAUAUUAAAAAAUAUAAUACCGGUAGCACAUCAGGGUUUUAUUGUGUACACAUAAUGCAGUAGUAGCACAUCAGGGUUUCAUUGUGUACACUUAAUGCAAUAGUAGCACAUCAGGGUUUUAUUGUGUACACAUAAUGCAAUAGUAGCACAUCAAGGUUUUAUUGUGUACACAUAAUGCAAUAGUAGCACAUCAGGGUUUUAUUGUGUACACAUAAUGAAUUAGUAGCACAUCAGGGUUUUAUUUUGUACACAUAAUGCAAUAGUUUAGAGAAUGGGGAAGUUUCUUUGACAGACCAUUUUUCCCAACGACCAUUUUGCAAAGGAAGAAAGGGAAAUAAUUUAAAUACACUCAUAUUUGCCAUGGUCACUGGUGUUAAGUUUGAAGGUACCUGUACUGUAAUGAAACUAGACGGCGUAUGUUUGAAGGUACCCGUACUGUAAUGAAACUAGAAGGCAUAUGUUUGAAGGUACCCAUACUGUAAUUAAACUAGAAGGCGUAAGUUUGAAGGCACCUGUACUGUAAUGAAACUAGAAGGCAUAUGUUUGAAGGUACCCAUACUGUAAUGAACUAGAAGGUGUAUGUUUGAAGGUACCUGUACUGUAAUGAAACUAGACGUCGUAUGUUUGAAGGUACCUGUACUGUAUAGAAACAUCAUGUUUUGGACCUUUUCAGUUAUUUUUACAAAUCCUUUAAUAACCUGUUUCUUAGCCAACAUAUGGGUUAUCAAUAAUCCUGUUUAGGUAAAACAACGAGGGCUCUACUGUACAGGUUGUCUCCAACUUAUUGAACUGUUUCUAUCAAAAGUUAACUAAUUCUUGUCAUGAUAUUUUUUUUUAAAUGUGGCGUAUAUGUUUAUCUCUGGAAUCUUGAAUGAGCUAAAUCUAUCAAUAUAUUAUUACAUUGGACAAUAGGUUGGAUCUAAUAUUGUAAGCAGGUGUUAGUAAAGUUUUAGUUGAAAAUUUAAUUUACUGUUCUUAAUUAUCAAUUUACUUUUUUUAAAUCACAUUAUAUCAAUUACCAGCAUUUAAAAUAUAUAUUUUGCUCCCCCUUUACUUAAUUUAUUAUCAAGGUAACAAGUUAAUUUUAGAGAAAUGUCAUACCGGGUAAUUAAAAUUUAAAUCAAUAUAAUUAGAAAUUGGAUUUAUCUCAAUCUUUAAUGUUUUUUAAUACAAUAUUAAUAUCAUUAUAGAAUGAAAUAGCUUGAAAAAAAUUCACAUUUAAUUAAAUAGUUUAUAAAUUUAAAUCUAUGAUACCGGGCAUUGUGAACCUUUUAAAUGAAAAAAAAUCAUGAGGUUCAACAAUUCAGUUAUCAUUUUCUGAAAGUGAGGACAUCUGUAUUUGAGGUUUCACAGAAGUUGAUUCUUUUAUAAAACUUCUACCAUUUCUGUCUGCAGGAGGCAGCCAUCUUGUUAUGGUAACUGGAGGAUCAACAGAUCAUUCUGUCAACUGCUAAACUGCAACAAUAUUAAGCCAUAUUGACCAGAAUCUCCAUAUCAAACAAUUUACUCAAAUCACAAAAUGAACUUGUCUUGAAAUACAACCAGGGACCAUUUCAGAUGUUUUCUUCACUAUAAUUUUAGUAUAAUAAUAUUUAUUUUAUUUUAGGUAACUUAAGGUUGAAGUGAUUUUUAGGAUGUUUAUAUAAUCUAUUUUAUUAUACUUGAUAAACAAAUGAUCAGUUUUUUUAAAUUUGACCUUCAUACUUCAUGGCAAUAUAUUAGGUUCUGUACAUUCAUUUCAGAUGGCUAAAGACUGUAAUAUUUAUUGUCUUUAUUAAUGCAUUCCUGCCAACCGAUAGGAUCAAAAAAACUGUAAAAAAAACUGUACAACAGAAUAAAAAACUGUACAACUGCAUGAAAAUUUAUUUUUUUUUUAAAUAUGAUUUAUAUUUUUUUUUAAACUAAUUUUAAUGAUCAAUUUGUUGAAUGCAAGCCAAAUUUGAUUUCUGAAUUAUUUCUGAAUCUGAUAAUCC